GUCGCGCGGGAGGAACGGGCUGAGGAGAGGGCUUGUUGGCGGUGGCCUCUUUCGUUGAGAGAGCCAUGGAUUCGCGCGGCGAGCGCCCCGUCCCUUUGCCUCGGGCCGCGGCCAAGGUAGCGUUCGUGGGAGAGUGUUUUGCUUCUUGCCAGGAGUCGGUGGAGCAGGCGGCGGCGUCGCUUUCAGUGACACAAAAGCUGUGACGUUACCCGCCAUCCUUCAGGCGGCCCGCUCGUCUGAACGAUGGACACGUGUCAAGAGGCAGUCCAGCCCCUGCGCAUGGGCUCACAAUCUAAUAAGCACGAUAUAAAAAGGAAAAUGAAUGGAAAGGGAAAAGGAAAGCAAGCUGCACCUUCACUGGCAACAAGGGUUACAUAGGACUCCCUUCUUUCUGUCAGGUGCUUCCUCAGAUGCAGGGAAUUGGCAUCAUUAUUAUCUCUCUAUUUAUACCCCGACCUUUCCCCCCGACAGUGAAUGCAGCCUCCAUGGGGCCCUAGGUUUCCUGGCCAAUGGCAGAGAUCAGGGGGUGGCUCCCCUCAGCUCUGUGGUGCCAAACAGAGGCAGCAGCAUGUGAAGAGAAGCAUUCUCUCUGGCGGGUUUUCUUGAAUUUCUGAAGCAAGUCAGGUAUGGAUGGAGUGCUAAACUCAAUAGGAAGGGAGGCUCCCUUUAGCUUAAAAAAUUAUAAAUUACCUCCUUUUGUCUUCUAUAUGGUGAUCUUUGCAUCUUUGUGUCCUCUGGUUGCUUCCCCUUCCCCCAAACAAAGUUCAAAGUCAAGAUUUGCUAUGUAUGUUUGUUUGUUAUGUAUUGUUUGAGAAAAUUUCAGUAACGAAAUCUUUUUUUUAAAAUGAAAAAGGUACACCCUCCCCCGCAAAUGACAUGUAGCACCCAGCACACACUCAAAUUAUGGCUGUUGUUCAUUGUUAAGCAACAAGGCUAAGAGGUGAGCCAAACGAACAUGACAAAUAAAUCUGAGUUGUUCUGGAACCUGCUGUAGGCUAUAUAAUGGUGUGUGUAUUCAUAUAAUAUUUUCAUUAGAAUAAAAAUGAAAACCCAAUUUAGAAAGUUAACUCACUUUUAAUUCCUAGAUACUCCCUGCUGGCUUCCAGUGCAGAGUUAAACUUGCUGUGCCAGAAAUAAGUCCUUUUAAGUUCAAUGGGGCUUACUAACUAGUAAGUUGAAAAUAGGGCAGCAAGUGCAAAUGAUAGGAGUGCUUCAUUCAAGCUAAAAACAAAACAAAAAGAGGGUUUCAACUUCAACCGGUUUGCUUGGCACAGAUAUAGUUCCUUCCAGAGAACAGACCCAGUGGCCUGGGGUUGUGCAUCCUGAGUGCUUUUGUGCUACGUAGGAGAAGAUUAUCAAAUAGCAGAAGGUAGAUUAUGUAGGAUUUGGUCCCCAGAGAAUGUGGCUGCUGUUCAAAGUUGCUUCUGUCACACCAGCAAUGCAAGGUUUGCACUAGUCUGCAUUCUGUUUGAACUGUGUAUCUUGAUGCCCGUAUUUCUCAGUUGAUACUCCUGCUUUUUGGUCACAAAAAUUGGAAAGGAGAAGCAGGUUUGUGGUUCCACGGGCAAUACUAAAACUGCUUAGUGUUGCUUCUCAAGGACCAUCGUUCAGUGGUAGAGCACACACUUUUAAGAACAUAGCAGCCUUAUACUGACUCAGACCAUUGUUCUUCUAGCUUGGCAGGGUUUCAGGCAGGAGUCGAACAGCUCUUACUGUCAGGAAGUUCUUCCUAAUGUUUAGGUGGAAUCUUCUUUCUUGUAGUUUGGAUCCAUUGCUCCGUGUCCGCUUCUCUGGAGCAGCAGAAAAUAACCUUUCUCCCUCCUCUAUGUGACAUCCUUUUAUAUAUUUGAACAUGGCUAUCAUAUCACCCCUUAACCUCCUCUUCUCCAGGCUAAACAUGCCCAGCUCCCUUAGCCGUUCCUCAUAAGGCAUCGUUUCCAGGCCUUUGACCAUUUUGGUUGCCCUCCUCUGGACACGUUCCAGUUUGUCAGUGUCCUUCUUGAACUGUGGUGCCCAGAACUGGACACAGUACUCCAGGUGAGGUCUGACCAGAGCAGAAUACAGUGGCACUAUUACUUCCCUUGAUCUAGAUGCUAUACUCCUAUUGAUGCAGCCCAGAAUUGCAUUGGCUUUUUUAGCUGCCGCGUCACACUGUUGGCUCAUGUCAAGUUUGUGGUCAACCAAGACUCCUAGAUCCUUUUCACAUGUACUGCUCUCAAGCCAGGUGUCCCCAUCUUGUAUUUGUGCCUCUCAUUUUUUUGCCCAAGUGCAAUACUUUACAUUUCUCCCUGUUAAAAUUCAUCUUGUUUGUUUUGGCCCAGUUCUCUAAUCUGUCAAGGUCGUUUUGAAGUGUGAUUCUGUCCUCUGGGGUGUUAGCCACCCCUCCCAGUUUGGUGUCAUCUGCAAAUUUGAUCAGGAUGCCCUUGUCUUUCCCAGUUUUACCUGGAGAUGCAGGAGAUAGAAUCUGGGUUGUUUUGGUUGCCGUUUUCUGAACCUUUUCCAACUUCACGUUAUACUUUCUGAGGUGAUGUUACUAGAUUGUACAUACCAUUCCAAAUGCAGCCGCACCAAAUCUAUGGUGAGGCUGCGUUACAAUUCUAGUUGCAUCAUUGUCCUAGGUUAGGAUAAUAUGGCUUGGUUGGUUCAGGCUCAUCCAGUGAGCUUUGUGGCUGAAGUCCAGCAUUCUAGCCACUCACUUUGGAAAGAGAAAUAUUGAAGAGUGGGAUAAAGCUCUUUUAAUAAAAAAUGAGAAAUAAAAUGCAUUAAUAAAAAACUGAGGCUUGCAUUCAUAUUCCUAUUUUAAAAUCCUGUUGAAGGUAUAUUUGGCAAUGCAGUUUCUAUUUGAUUGGUGAAAUAUAGAAAGUAGUUUGAUCAAUUCAGUGGUUUUGGGCACAGUGUAAAUGCAUUUUUUCUGGUGCUACAGUAGGUCAACUUAGAGCUGUUUUUUCUGGCCCAGCUGUCUGAUACAUUGAGCCAAUUUUUUUGUAUUUUCUAGCAUUGAAAUGAGAACUACUUCUGCCUUGUUAUUUAAUAAAAUCCUCAAAAUAGCUUUGUGUAUAUAACUUGCAGGUGUCGGGCAGUAACACAAAUUGUGUACAUAACCUUAAUUCAGAAAAAAUAUAACAUUGAAACACACUUUGGAAGCUAUUUAAAAGAAUGGCAUGAUUCCGAUAACAGACAAGAUACACUUUACCAUACUGUUUUCUAUUCUUGUAAAAACAAAAAUGAAAAUAAAACUGACAGUAUCAUAACGUGACUAUACAAAUCUAUGCUGUGACCACAUUUGAAAUAAUAUGUACAAUUCUGGUUACCACACCUCAAUAUUGUAGAUAUCGGGAAAGGUUCAGAAAAGGGCAAGCAAAAUGCUCAAGGAGAUGGAGAUAAAAUACAGUGGUACCUUGGUCUACGUACAAUGAAUGAUUCUGACAACAAACUUCACAAAACUGGAAGUAGGCAUUCCGGUUAGCUAAUUUUGCCCCGGAAGAUGAGCAGAAGCGGAACACUGGUGGCGGGAGGCCUCAGUAAGGAAAGCGCACGCCUCGGUUUAAGAACUGACCUCCGAAACAGAUGAAGUUCGUAAACAUAGAUAUCACUGUAAAGUACUUCUUCAUACAGUGUAAGACAAUCCUUGUUUUUCACGGGGGUUCUAUUUUGGAGCCCCGUGUAUGUCAACAGAGCAUGUAUGCCUGCUCUGCCCUGUUCCAUUCCUUUUCAUGACAUCUUUGAUGUUUUGGGGCUACUUCUGGGUUCGGUGUAGUUGCGCAUCAUUCAGACACGCCUAAAUCAGGAGUUGCCUCUGUAGUUAAACUAUGGAACUCACGCAGGAGGCAGUAAUGACCACAAACUUUGAUGGCUGUAAAAGAGGAUUACACUAAUUCAUGGAGGACAACCUACUAGCUACGAUGGCUAUGUUCUACCUCCACUGCCAUUCUGCCUCUAAAUACCAGUUGCUGGAAAUUGUAAACGGGGCAGAAUGCUGUUGUGUUCACGUCCAGCUUCCAGGCUUCACACAGGCAUCUGGUUGGCCACUGUGUGAACAGGAUGCUGGACAAGGUGAGCCAUUGGUUUGAUUCAGUAGACUCAUUUUUUAUGUUUAUUGAUUGGCGCAUGGUGCUAAUAACACCAAGGUUGCACAUUCGAUCCCCGUAAGGGAUAGUUGCGUAUUUCUGCAGUGCAGGGGGCUGGAGUAGAUGAUCCUCAGGACCUCUUCAACUCUACAAUUCUUAUGAUAUUCCUGUGAUUUGGAUGGCUGAGAAGACUGAGCUUGAGGCACCGCUGGUCUACACUAGAAUGACAGUUCUUUGUUAACAAAUUAGGUAUCAGUUUUUACACAGGUUGGGCCAGGAACUACUUUCUGGUCUACCCAUGAAAUGCAGAGAAAAACACGUUCAUAUUUAAAAUGCAUAGUUAGUAUUAAAUGUAUAUGAGAAUUAGUCCAGAGAAGACAAGAUAGAUUAAUUGUUCCAUAAUCAGGCUUCUGUUGACUUACAGCUUUGCAUCUUCUUAUAAAUUCUUACUAUUUAGUAAGUAUAGCAAGUUGCUAGGCUGCAGUGGAACAGUAGCAUUUUUUAUGAGUUGAAUGGAUACAGAUGCCAAGGACUGUAGCCUAGACUUAUGUAAGCUGCAAAACUUGGCAUGAGCACCAAAGAUGAUUUAUAACCUUGUUAUUGAAAGUGGCAUCCAUAACUGAUAUAAAUCAGUUUCUACAGGUUUAGAAAUAUUUAGUCAGCUUGAUAUUUAAUCACACUAAAACUUGAGUGUUUUGACAAUCUGGUUCUGUGAACCUAGGCAAAUUUUAUUCAUAGUAUAGUUAUCUUUUCAUUUAGCUUACUGAGAAUAAGCAUUUCAAUCAUUAGUGUACAGCUGUCAAUAAAAAUCUAAAUAUGCAAGGUAAUGAAUUUAUUUUACUAAAGUACCGUGAACAGAUAUAUCCACAGUUCAGCCAGUAAGGGCACAUUUAAACAUCUUGGAUUCAGGCCACUGAAUAACAUUUCUGUGUUGAUGUCUCAUGUAGCCUGCCAGAAGGCCUUGAACCUGUGGCACAAUCACUGCCAGAGGGCUGCUGUCCUGCUUUUCCUCACAUGAGACUUUAAAAAUAAAUAAAUUCUAAGGUGCUGAGCAUCUGCAGUCUCUGUGUGAGUGGCUUAAAACUCAUUUCAUAGGUGAAGUGGUAAUUAACUUUUGUGUAACUUCUCCAGUGCACAAUAUGCGGUAUACCUUAUUUGUACAGGAAAUAUAUUGCGUUAUCAAAGUCAGAUGGUUUGUCAACGUCAGAAUACCCUUAGCCAACUAAUGUGAUACCAGAUGGCAAAAAUUGUAGUAGGAAAAUUUCCUGAACCAUGAUCAAAAGUAUGCUGAAUUCAUGUCUAGAAAAAUUACUGUAAACUGCCUCUCUCCCUUCUCUACUGUGGAUUUCUUCCAUUAGUGAUACAAAGUAUUGGAUACCUUUUGAUAUAUUUUUGAAGAGGUGACUUGAUGGCCAGUAUUCCAGUAUUUAUAAUCUGGGCAUAUGCUUUUUUCAUUGACUGGAAAUUAUGGCAAAUUAAGUUCUAAAAGCUCUUUGAAUUGAUGAUAAGUGAUAGAAUCUCGAGGUCUUAUGGGGCAAAUAUAUAAAUGAUUAUUAAAUCUGUCAAACCAAUCUUCUGCUUCUGUGGAGAAAUGGAUAAGAUUCUUAGGUUACUACUACUACUAAUUAAUUUUUGGACCACACCUAUCUGACUAGCUUUCCCCAGCCACUCUGGGUGGCUUCCAUCAAAUUAUAAAACCACAGUAAAACAUAAAACAUAUUGAAUGGUGUUUGUGUUUUUGUUGUUACACUUUUAUCUUAAACUGCUCAGAAAUGUUAUUAUAUUAAGAAGUAUAUUUAAAAAUAAAUAAUAAAUACUGUACAGUAAAGUAUUUUGGAGUUCCCUGUUACAGUAAAAAGAAAGGAGCUGAGAAGGUUACACAAUUUUCCCUUGCAAAAUAUUCCUCUAGAGGGCAGCACUUCACUCUUGAAGAUUCUACUGAAGGAUUCGAAAAGCAUAACCUAAGAAAUCCUGUCUGACUUCUGUAUGCAGAUAGAGAAAAUAUAUUAAAUGCAGUGUUAAUGACUGAAAGAUACGAAAUGCUGUAAUGCUAUGCUGCUUUCAAAAAACAAAGCAAAACCUGGAAUGAGAAGCUAGAAUUUAUUAGUGACCCCAGGUCUGAAAGUGUGUUGCUUCAAAAAAUGGUUGGUUUAUCCUUGUUCAGACACCAUCAUAAAGAUGGUGCCCUCUAAGCCCCCUUAACUCAGUUACCCGGGAUUGGGGCCAUGCCACUUGUCCUGGUCCUAUUGCUGGGUGUGCCACUGGCUUCACCUGGAUGUGAACAUGACAGGGCAAGAAACAGCACAGAUUAAACCUAUGUGUGAGAAAUCAUGCAGAUUAUUCUUGAUGUGAUACAGUAUAUUAUACACAAAUUUCUGUAUUCAUGUAACUUUUCCUUAUGGUUUCAACAAAGCAAAAAGUGAGUAUUGCAUUAUUUGACCCUCUGUGUUUUAAGGUCCUAUAAUAAAAUAAUUUCUGCUUAGCAGUAAGGGCUUUGUGAUUAGGAACCACAGUUACUUGUGUAUUGCCAGAACAGCCUUUGCCAAGAUGGUGCCCUCUAGAUGUUUUGGAAUGCAACCCGCCUUAGCUACUGCCAGCUCCAUUUAAGGAUAAUAAAAAAACUGAGAUAGGUACAAUCACAUUUCACAGCUGGACAGCAGGAGAGGGAAACUGCUGAUGAAUUAUGUUGCCGCUGCAAUUUUCUGUUAUUGUGUUGACUGCAGAGACAACAUGUUCUCCUUUUCUUUAUGCCAGCAGUGGUAGGCCUGGUUCUGAGGCCGCCUCUCUUUGACAUCCAAAGUGAACUGGUUUUGGCUGCAGUCACAUGUCAUGGUAAGUGAAGGUUGCUAGCUUACCUUGAAUGCACAUGUUGCUCUCCCUUCACUUCUCUCUGCUAGUGAGUGGGAGCAUCAGACCAUCAUCCUUGGCUUACCUUUGCAUUUGAAAUCGAGAGCAUCAUUUAUUUCACUCUGGCCAAACCACAAUCUGAAGCCAAUUAGAACACACCCUGAAUGUCGGACCAUACUUUGCAGGUUUGGAUAGUGUUGGCGUAUGGUACCUCGUAGAGUUGUAGAGUUGGAAGGGAUCCUGAGAGUCAUCUAGUCCAACCCCUGCAAUGCAGGAAUCCUGCCCACAGCUGUCCGUGGGUGGGCUUGAAUCACCAACCUUCUGAUUAACAUCUGGACGUGCAGACCCACUGCGCCACCAAAGGGUAUCUUUCUUUGAAUUGUACUUAUACGACACAAAGCAUUGUGGCAGGUAGAAUGCUUUAUUCCUUAUUAAAUGUUUUUCUUCCUUCCACAUGUUGUUCAGCUCUUAAUAAUAUGUGUGGAGAUUCUUAAAUGUUUUGAUAUACAGUAUUUGACUAACGACAUAUUGGACAGUUAGAAUCAUGUUCAAGCUUCUACCUCUUGUUUAGUCACAAUGUUAAUAACUUGCCAUUCAAACUGUUUCUGGUGCUACCCUUCUAUUAAAGUCUUGUCUUUGCUAAUGAGCUUUUUAUAAAUGUUCUUUAAAAACUGAGUUUGUUAUGAUGUUCAGGGAAGUUGCCACAUGCUUUCAUAUUAUAAAUACUGUUAAAAGGACAAAGAUUUCAGACAAUUAUCUGUAUUCCACAAAUUUCCUAGUUUUGUUUUAAAUAAGUCUACCAAAUAAUGUGGUCUAUCAGAUUUAGUCCCGAGUUCAGAUGCACAAGAGAAAAAACAAAGACCAGCACCCUUUCCUAUAGCAGGCAUUUUCCUGUUCAUUGCCAAGUGUACGGUUCACUGUUCGGUCACUGAUGUCUGUCAUUUUAGCACAUUUAAAGCAGUUCUCAGUGCCAUUCUUGUUCACAGAAGCUUAUUUGGGUGCUUCAGACAUUGCCUAGCUCAUUAUUCCCUGUGGAAGGUUAAGGCCUUUUCUGUCAGACCGGAACUAUUCACUAAUUAGAGACCUUCGUUUGACACUGAAUGUGUCAUGCCUGCAAGCCUUCCUACUGGGAUCAAUGGCAUUUGUGUUCACUACCAUAAGUGUACAAUAGAUGCAGACCUCAGUGAAAAACUACCUACAUAGCUUAUGGAAAUGAAUAUGCGCCCUUAUAAAAUGGAGGCAUUCUCAUAACGAGCGAAAUAAAAUAAAAUGCAACAGUUGAUCAAGAUUCUUGCAGGGCAUGUCACUAGGCAAUCUGAAUUAUUUUCUGUAUUCAAGUUUGUAAUCUUCUGUUUUCCUGAUCUCCUUUAAAUUCUCCAUGUCUUAGAUCACUGUGCCAAUGUCAGAUUGGUUUGUGCUACUUGCUAAAGCGUGUCAGCAUCUGAACAAUACUGAAUGCUUUGUCCUUUCUUUACACGGAUAAUAACUGUUCCUCAGACUCCAGUUCUCAAAAUUCAAAUUAAAUCUCCCUAAGCUGGUUAACUUGCUAGUGAAGAUUUGAGUCUUUCCUGAUUAUUUUGCCCUGAGAAGUAAACACUUUCAUCCCUCCCUUUAACCUCCCUGUAACUAGGAAGAGCCAGGAGCUUCAGACUCUGUAGCUGCCUGUAUAAGGAGAUGACUGUUCUCUCAGAGACUGAAACAGCUGGUACCAACUUUGAAGACCAGCAGCUAAAACAGUCAUACAAGCAGCUUAAGAUCUCAGAUGCUUUAUUCCAAGCUCUCCCCUGCUCUCCCCAUGAGCCUUUAUAAAUUGCUACUGCUUUUUAAUAGACAUUUAUUAUUGUAUUGUUAUGUAUCAGUUUUCAUUUAUUGUUCUUCGUCUUGAAGACUAAUUGCCAUUCAGAAAGGUGGGAUAUGAAUAUUGCAAAUAAAGUUUGUUGAAUUUGUUUAAAUAACUUGUUUUUAUCCUGUAUUUUAUUCUGUGAACCGUCUUGAGAUCUUACGGUGAAGGGCGGUAUAGAAAUCAAAUAAACAAGCAAACAAACAAACAAACAAACAAACAUAAAUAAAUAAAUAAAAUAAAUAAGUUUAUAUCCAACAAGGAGCUCAGGGUGGCAAACAACAAGCAAUAAUAAAACAACAAAAGCUUCUUAAAAACAAUACCAAUACAGAUGGGGGACUAUCAACUUAAAAGUUGUGUUGGAAGAAAAAGGGCUUUAGUAGGCACCAAAAAGAUAACCAAUAACACUUGUCUAGUAUUUAAGGGGAGGAGAUUCCAACAGAUAGAUGCUAAAGGCCUGAUUCCUAUAUUGUGUGGAGCAUGAGGCCGUUUACCUGCAGAGUGCAGUGAUAUAUAGGGGUGAGACAGUCUUUGAGGUGUCCUGGUCCCAAGCUGUAUAGGCCUUUAUACACCAAGACCAGCAUCUUGAACCUAGCCAUGUAGAUAAUAGGUAAAUGACUUUAGAGAAAUGCUCUACAGCAGGUCCAGAGAGAUGUGCCAUAGCCCCAGUGCUCCGUGCUCUAGUCACGUCCUGAUUAGACUACUGUAAUGCACUGUAUGUGGGGCUACCUUUAAAGCUAGGUUGGAAACUUCAGCUGGUCCAGAGUACAUCUGCCACAGCCCUGUUGUAUCGGCUCCAAUGGUUUCUGGUUCAUUUCCACAGCCAGUUUAGAGUAACAUUUAAGGCCCUAAACAUUGGGUUCAAGCUGUUUGUUGGACUUCCUGCAUGUUUACCAUCCUGUUUGCAUGCUGAGAUCUGCAUUGGGACCCCCUCCUGGUGUGUCCAUCCCCUAGGCCAGUGAGGCUGGUGGCCACAAGGAAGAGGGCUUUUUCCGAGGUGGCCCCAUGGCUUAAGAACUUCCUUGUAUCAGACCUGCAACUAGCUUUCAUUUUUCAGGGAUUCUGGAAAGCUUAAAGACCUGUACUGUAUUUUCCAACAGGCCUUCAAUGAAUCAUGGUUAAUUGUUUGUAAUCUUUUUCUGUUUGUAGGUAAUAAUAAUUGAUUGUGGCUAUUUUCUAAUUAUGUUUUAUUGGCUUUUCUGAUUUUCUCUGGUAAUUGGGUGCUUUCUUUUUUUCUUUUGCUGUGUCACUUUUUCCUUCAUGUUGUUUAUUACAAUUUCAAACCAUUUUGGAAGGGCAUCCUCCAGAAAAGCAUCCUAGGAAUACCUUAAAAUAAAAAAAGCAAUUAUCCAUCUUCUGAUUGAGGAGCCUUCUAUGUUUUUGAGGGAUCCAGUUUCAAAACCACUACUUUAGGGACAUAAAAGGAGAAUUAAAUGAUACUUUGUCAAUCUGUAAUAGAUGAAUGCACAUCCAUAGGCUUUCUCACUCCUUUUUUCUGAUCUUGUUAGAAGAGAUUAUUCUCAUUAUUCUCAGUUUUCCUAUCACCGUGGAUGUGGCUACGGCUUGUCUGCUUAGGAAAUUGUAGAAUGAUGUUAACAAAAGAACUCAGUGCAAGGAUGGGAUGAGCAUAAUAUUCUUCAUAUUGAAGAAACCGUAAUGCAUUUAUGCUGGUGGGGCUCAUUAGUAAAAUUAUUUAGCACAAUGGUUAAUCCAGCCCUGCUCACUGUAGCUGGUAAUCCUUCAUCGCUGCAGCACAGAGCUAAGUAUGGCUCAGUCAUUGUUUCAGAUAAAUGUUUAUCAGGAUUCUUUCACUGAUCUAAGCAGAAGAUUAUUACAUACAGACAGAAUAACUAGCCUGCAUUUUAAAACUGAUAUGAUGUGUGCAUAUUAAGGUUUACUGUACAGAUUUUUCAAGAAUUGUAGCAAAAAAGAAAUGGAGACACAAGUCAUUUUAAAGAAAACCCUUAUUAAUUUUAGGAGUACAAUUGCUUGAAAGUGCUCCCUACACAGUUUUGUCUAACGUUGCCUACUUUUGUCGAUGUCUGUGUUUGUGAAGUCCAGUUUUUGUUUUUUUAAACCAUUAAAAUGUGGCUGUGUUUAUUUUAAAGGUUGGAAGGCCCAUGGCCAAGCUCCCUGCAGGCAGCCUCACGUUUCAGGGUUCAGCAUGUCAAGAUAAUUCACUGUUGAGAGGGGACAAACAGAACAAUGAACUUCACACUCCUCUUAUGAACAGGAGUGAGCAAAAGGUAAAAGGAAAAAAAAAGGUUGUAUUUGUAUACAGUUGUUUGCAUAAAAAAGCAAACAUUGAUAUUUUAGCAAAGUAGUAUUUUCAGAUGAGUUGCGUUUCAGCUGGGUUCUUAAAACAUAGGGUGAGAUCCUACUAGGAGUACUUAGAUUAGACCCAUUGAAAUGAAUGGUUACUUAAAUCUAUUUAUUUCAACAGGUCUGCUUUGAGGAUUAGAUGUCACCCAUAAUAUUAUGGGAUUGCAGAGAUAUUUGGUGUGCAUGGAAGGAGAUCCAAGUGUAGAUGUUAUAAAUUAUUAGGAUUAGGGCAACAGUUAAUUAUACUUCUUUUCCAAGUCUUCUCCCUGCAAGAACUUAAUACAUGAAUUGUUCUCUGAGAACCCAGAUUUGUAUCUGCUUUAUAAGGUAUUAUCAUUGACAUUAAAGUAACACUGAGGUCUUCAACAAAUCUUUUUAGAUGGUGCUUUAUGGUGUUAUUUUUUAUUUCACCAUAUAUGCCAUAUUUCUCCAGUUUGUGGCUCACCCUUCAUCUUUUAUUUCCUCCUAUUGGAUGAAAUCCAAUGGUAUCUGUAGUGUACAAGUAGAAUGGAUUUCUGUACUGCAAUGGGAAUUCCCUUCUUCCUGCAUUCUUCCUCUGGAACAGAUUUGUAUGGGUGCAGGGAGGAGACAGCAAUUUUUGUUGCAUGAGGGGAAGUUGGAAUACAUGAUGUUGAACUUUGAUGAUUAAGUUUAAACUUAUUUUAUAUAAAUCUUUCCCUUUGGGAUGAAAUAAUGGUCUUUAUAAACUGUUAACACAUGCUUGUGAUAAUAGUUAUUUGUGAUGCAGUCAUGAUUACAUUUAUAUAGCUUUGAAAUCUUAGUUUACAAUACUAGUUGAAAUAAUUUUUUUGGGUGUAAAACGUUUCUAUUUAUACGUGACAAAUGUUUAUAUAUAAAUGAAUAUAAACCACUGUUUGUGUAACUUAAAAAUACUAUUUACAAAUCCUAAUAGUAUAUUUAACCAUAGUAUUUUUUAUUUCUUCUUAGAAACUGCAAGAGGAAAAUCUAAGAUUAAAGUAUGAAUUAGAAGAUUUAAGGUACUGAAAGAAAUUGAUAACAAAGCCCUAGAUUUAUGAAAACAGCUUUUGUUUUAUCUGUGAGGUCAUGUAUUGAAAGCUAAGGAUGACAAAAUUAUGGCAGAGGAUACUGAGAAAUUUAUAGAAGGAAAAUUAGUUAUUCAGUUCUUGUGUGAGCCCAUAAUGUUAGAAAUCGGUUUGAAUCUCCCUGAUCUAUGAUUUAUAUAGCUGCUCAUUUCUUUGCCAGCAUGUAUUGAGGACAAAAGUAGUUAGUAUUUGUGUAUUCAGAGUUGCUUCCCGCAUGGAGGUGGUGAGAAAUGAACGGAUACUUCAGAAACAUUUAAGGCUUUUCAAGGCAAUAAGUUAUUUGUAGUACAAUAAAACAGAUAGAAGGCAAUUUUCAGAAAAAUAACAGGGUUUUGGAAUAAUUGGCUAAAAGCAGGAGACAAAAAGAAAUCUCUUUUCUGCAUUUAACAUCAUUUCCAGUUGUUCCAAUAAAUUGUACUUAUUAAAUAUCAAUGUAGAAUUAUGCGUUUGUUUGAUGUUCUUUAUAAGGAAAUACAUUUUAUUUCUUAGAAGCCAAUAUGAGCAGCUCAUAAAGGAAGGGAAGAACGAAUGCUUUGAGGAAAGACGUGUUAAUUUUCUGAAGGCUCAAGUACUACAGCUAGAAAGGCAGGUAAAGUGGUAUACAAAAUUCACCUCAGUACUUUUUGAAAGUUAUCAGCAUAUAUAUAUGAGACUGUGAAAAGGGCUUCCCCCCCCUUCAAAAACAGGUGUUCAGAUUUCCUGGAGCUGUGUGUGUGUUUCACUUCAUGUACUUUUCCCUGACCUACCAACAUACGUUAAUAAUUUGAUUGAGGGUUUGGUUGGUAGUGGGAUGAGAGAGGGAGUAGUUGAGAGUUUCUUAACUUUUUGUAAAAUACACCUUGUUAAAAUGUAUGUUAGAAAGUAAGUAUAAAGCUCUAAUUGAGGGGAGUGCACAUUUUAAAGGGGCAUUUGGGUCAAAUGCACGAACUUAAAAGGUUUGCAUGCAGUGCAGGCAUGAGAUUAAAAGGAGGGUAUGUAAACAGGACCCACCAUUAAGGAAGUUCAAGUGGAGUUGCAUAGGAAUUGAUUAAAGAAGGCAGAGAUGUAUGUGCCUGCAUAACAAUUCUGUUCCAAUAUUGACAGUUGUAGGGGAAAAUCCCCCGUAUUUGAGGAUACCCAUCUUUGGGUCCUUGUCCACAUGGUUUCCCUCUGCUAGGGGUGUGCUGUAAUCUGGGCGAUUAUCGUUUUGCAUGGAACAUUUCAUUAGUUCACUUGAUUUGUUUCUAGACCCAGACCCAGACAUUAUGGAGAUUUCAGCCCGAAAUAGAUACCAGGGUGCCUGCAUAGAAGGUUCAGUAUCUAGAAUUGGGCAGAGUAGACCAGAAGGUUAUAUGAAGCAUUGAACACAAAAAGCCGAACCCAAAGAAACAAAGUGAAAAAAGACACAUAAAUCACCAAGGGCAAAAACAGAGAUAGCACAGGCACACAGUUGCAGAUAUUCCUCCACUCUCCCAUUGUACAGUCAACACACACCUUCCAUUUAAAUAUCAUUUUUCUUUUGCCAAAUGUCACCGUAGUGCGUAACUUCAAUUUUUUUUUAAAAGUAAGAUUUUAACAAAGAAGAAAGAGAAACUGAGGUGAUUUUAGGAAUAAUUUUGUAUAUGACUUCUUCCACAGGUGCUGCUGCUUACAGAAGGAUUAAGUUCUCGAGCUGCUCUUAUGUUGCAGUCAAACAAUUCUUUAGAAGCACUUAUUGACAAGCUUAGGUAAGCAGUAGAGAGACAUUUGAUAUUGUGAAUGAAAUUGAUCCACAAGGAGAUAACCUGAAUAAAAUGGUGACCAGCAUCUGUGUUGUGUUGAGGAUUAGAGGAUUAUGGGGUCCUGUUUUUUUUUUAUAUAUAAAAAAGUAAACUUACGUAUCAUUCUUGAAAGCUACCAAAAAUACUCAGAGAAAUUAUAUCUCUUACUGCACAGAUCCUUAAACUUGUGUCAAAAGUGACCCACAGAAUUGAGGUACAUGGUUACCAUUCCUUCAGUGUUUUGAUGACAAUUGAGUGCUUAUCCUACCCUCCUGCCCCAGUUUCCCUUUUCCCUUUCUUAAUAUUUCCCCCCUUUGCUAAAAGUCUGGGAAUGAAUGGGGCUUACUGAGGGAAAAGUGGGACUGGGAGGUCCGGUCUACUAAAUGGUCAGCAUGCAAAAUAAGGAGUACAGGGUGGGGAUGAAUGGAGAAAACAAUGAUCUAUGAAUAAGAACUUAAAUGUGGGUUGUCAGGUUUCAUUACUGCAAAUCCUAAAAUGAUAUGUAGUAAAAACCUUUUGUAAUAAAUGGGACAAUUUAUUCAGUUUUGCUUGUUCUUUGGAUGGCUGAGAGGCUUGCCAUUUAAGCACAACUCACGUAUUUGAUUUCUGUGAGCAUUAUCUGACAAAGGUAUGAGUGAAAGGAGAACAAUGCACACAAUGGGAAUUAUUUGAAGCUUCUACUCUAUUUUUUAUAUUUUUGAAUAUAGUCUGAGAGUAAACCUUUGGCUGCAGGAAAUUCCAGAUCCUGAGCCCACUUGCUGAGAAGGCUCUGUCUUGUGCCCUCAUUCACCUAUGUUUUAAGGGAAAGGGGGUGCAGAGAAGGGCUUUGAUGGACACGAGCAGGCAGGUUCAUAUUGGCGAAGGUGGUCCUUAAGUUACCAAGAUCCCUAGCUUUUUAGAGCUGUUUCAUUACGCUGCAUUAAAAAAUUAAUUGGAGAGGGGAGACAAAAGAAGAAAAUGAGUUUCAGGUGUGUUGCAGGGUGUUGUGUUUAAAAAUAAAUAACUGGUGAAUAAUUUUCUUAGUGUAUUUCAUGUUUCCAAAACUUGUUUUGCUGCAGUUAUAAAAAAAAGAAACAUUAAUAAUAACAGCAACAAAAACAUCAUUCUGAAAUGCAGGAAGUGAGGAUUGGGAUGCCAAGGACUGUAUUUUCUUGGUGCACUGUAGUUUUUUAAAUCUCCUAUUGCUCCCUUAAAAGCUGCACUUGAGGUUUAGGGGGUGGGAAUCCUCCAGAUUAAUUUACUAUGCAGUAAAUUAUUUCAUUUCUUGUGUUGGUAUUUGUGUGUGUGAGGUGGGGUGAACGCAGUCUAUUGGUGGUGGUAAAUUGCUGCCUCUCCUAGUUGUGUGUAGAAGUACUGCCCACAUCUCUUUGCAUAUUGGCCAAGGGAACUAUUCUUCAAGAUACUGGGGAAUUUUUAUUUCUGAUUAGUAUAGGUAUGCUAGCAUAUAGUGGUAAAAUAUGCUUGGCACUAAAGGAAAAUACAUUUCUUAACUAUUGCAAAGGCUCCAGGAGAUAACUUAAAUAGCAGUGAGGUAUGUUUUGAAAAGGGACGCGGGUGGCGCUGUGGGUUAAACCACAGAGCCUGGGACUUGCCGAUCACAAGGUCGGCGGUUCGAAUCCCCGCGACGGGGUGAGCUCCCGUUGCUAGGUCCCUGCUCCUGCCAACCUAGCAGUUCGAAAGCACGUCAAAGUGCAAGUAGAUAAAUAGGUACCGCUCCGGUGGGAAGGUAAACGGCGUUUCCGUGCACUGUUUUGGUUCUCCAGAAGUGGCUUAGUCAUGCUGGCCACAUGACCCAGAAGCUGUACGCCGGCUCCCUCGGCCAAUAAAGCGAGGUGAGUGCCGCAACCCCAGAGUCGGCCACGACUGGACCUAAUGGUCAGGCGUCCCUUUACCUUUAUGUUUUGAAAGCAUGCUUUCAUAAUUGGUAUUCAAGUUAACUUAAAACACUGAUUAUAUAAAUGUGCUCUUUGAAUUCUUUGUUAGUGCCUAUUUCACUUGCAAAAUAAGCACUAUUAUAAAAAGCAUGCAAAUAAUGAAAACAAUCUGUGUUUUUCUUUACGGUAUUAAAAAGUGAAAAAUGUGACUAUAAUAAUGCAUUGUACUUUACAUAGUUUUUUUCUCAGUGCUGAAGGAACUGCAACUGAAGUAACCAUUCCACGUCCAGAACUUCUUCAAGUAAUCGAGAUAUGUGAAGCAAUGAGACUAAAACUUCAAAGAAACCAGCAGGUGAGUUAUGACAACAUCAGGUUUAUAUUUGUAUAUUGUUAAUGAUUUUUUAAAUGUGUGAUUUCCUACCUUUCCCUCAUCCAGCUGGAAUUCCCCUACCUCUCUUCCUCCCUGAAGCUCCCUGUUGUUCUGGAGGGUUGCCUGACCCUCUGGAGCAGAUGAAGGGUGGUAUAGUACUACUACUACUACUACUACUACUAAUUAGUAAAGCGUGAGCUGUAAAAACACUCUUCUGCUCAUGCUCUCCAAUAACUGGUAUUCAAAGGCAGGCUGCCUCGUAACAGUGGAGGGAGGACAUAGCCAAUGUGGUUAGCAGCCACUGACAGCCUUACCCUCCGUAAAUUUGUCUUUUACCAUUUCAAGAUGCUUAAAAGGUUUUUAUAUUAUUUUACAUUAAGCAGUCUAUAAAUAAACAUUCUGUUUCCUUUACCUUGCCUUUUUUGCCAAACUAAAACAGCUGAAUGCUGAAAUUUUUUCUCUAGUUGCUUGAUCAUUUCAGUUACCCUUUACUGCAUUUCUGAGCAUGUAGCCCAUAAUCCAGCACACCUAUAGGGGAUUAUCUUGCAUAGUGUCCUUGCAAGCAAGGAAAUACAAAAAGAAAUCUAUUCAUUUUGUAGUGUCCUCUUUGUGGGCUUCCCAUAGGCAUCUGUUUGGACAUUGUGCCCAGACUACCAGACUAUGGUUUGAUCCAGAGGGCUGAAAAUUAGUUGGCAAAUAAAUAUUUUUGUUGGGUGGAUUGGGAUCAAUCACUAUCUCAUCCUAGGCUACUAUGGUUGUUUUGAGGAUGAAAUUGGAUAGCUCCCAUAUACACAGGUCCAAGAAACACUUUUGGUGUGGAACCUGUGGCUCUCUAGGAAUUGUUGGAUCACAACUCCCAUCAGCUCCAGCCAGCAUGGCCUAUGGUCAGGGAUGAUUGGAGCUGUAGCCAAUAAGAUUUGGAGAGUCAAAAGUUCCCAGCCACUGUCUUAAAGAAAGGGAUACAAAUGUGGUAAAGGAAAGAAAAAUGUAUUAAGAAUACAGAAGGAAAAAACCAGGAAAUAUUUUUAAUAUGAAUCUUAAUUAGCUAGCCUUAUGAAAUGGUUUUGGAGAGAGCCCAUUUUAGUUCCUUGCUUACAUUGUGCUUUUUCCUGUUAAAAGUUUUAUAGUUUAUCAUAGUACAACACAUAAACUUUAGCAUUUCUAGCCUGACAAAUUUUCAUUUCUCUGCUGUCAAUCAAGCAGGAACAACUGUUGUUGUUUUUAAAAAAGAAAAUAUAGAUUUCUUUCAGGAAACCCAACUCAGUUUACUCUUGUCCUAUACUGGAAAUCACUUUUUCAUAGUCUGUGUCAAAGUAAUUGAAUUCUUCAAGAAGCAGCAGGAAAUGCCUGGUGGUUCUUGUGUAGGUUAAUUUGGUGUAAUAUCACUUCUCGGUGUAUUAGAAUCUCUCAUAUCUCAAAUGCACCUCAAAAACUCAAUUAGAAAAAGAAAAUGGAGACUGUAGAUGUUAGUGAGCCUAUAGGAAAGGGUGAGAACUGAAAUAAAUUAAAUUCUAUAAUAUCAUUUUACAGAAGCCAGUCUUUCUUCAGAAGUGUGGGAUGGAAAAUGAUUAAGGUGAUACACAUUUUUAGCUUAUGUAUGCUCCAGACUAAUUAAGUGUAGGCUAGGAUAACUGUGCUUUGAAUGUUAAAUUUAGGUUUUUUUAAAAAAUGUAGCUAUACAUAAAAGAAGAGGCUAGAUUAUGGACUAAUUUGUAUAUAAUUGUUCUUGUGAUGUACAUAUACGUAGUUCCAUGUGCUGAGAAUCUGAGAGCAUCUUUAUCUUGGUUAUUAGACAGUUAUUCAAACCCGAGCUCAGAGGAACGUCUGGUGCAGAUGUAACAGAAUGUCAGCAACACAGGACGGGGGGGGGGGGACUGGUGCACAGAAUGCAGUAUUAGGAGUGAAAGCCUGUGGCUGGGUAGGUCUGAACAAGCAGAGAGCUUCUGAAGACUUCUUUCCUCUCCUCUCUUGACCCAAGUGGUCCAUGGAAAGAGGUGCAGGUGCAGUGCCAGUGGCAUAGCCACAGUUGCAACCUGAGGUGGGCAGUCUUGAAGGCAGCAACUGGAACCUCAUUUGGGUUCCAAAGAGUUAUGGUACUAGCUCGCAGGAGGGUAUGAAGAAUUAAGCAGGCAGUUUGUUCCUGUAUUGUGGGCAGGUGUCUGGGUGGGGUGCUGUUUAAAGAAUAAAAGUAAAAAAUCAGUUGGAUAAACCCAAACUCCUGGGCUGGCUGAAAGUACAUCUUUGGGUUUCACCUUCAUCUCCCAGCCUUUCUGCAGUUUUCCCCAACCCUCAUAACUGGCACUUGGCAAUAUCCUUGCUUUUCUGGGGUACAGAAAUCCUCUUGAUUUUUGUUGCAGUGAGCUCUGGUUAUCUUGCUUGUCACCCACAGCUGAACCUCUCUGAGACCUGUUCAUCCAUAUUGUAUUUUUCUCCUUUAUAGCAGCAUUUUUUACUGCUACUUCGCCUGAACUUUUAAAUCGGGUAUAGGCAUUUUCUACAUGCUGUUUUUAGUCACAGAAAUGUACAGGCAUUUUCAUUACUGAAGUUCUUAUUUUUCAUAAAAUCAAAGAACAAAAAAGUCAGCAUGGACAUCAGUGGACCUAGUGGGAAAAUGACAGUAGUAAAGAUGAUUAGCAGGUUACAAAUUAUCCUAAUAAGUUUUAAAGUAAAUGCCACUUUAUUAAAUGAGUUUACAAAGAAAAAGUACUACAAAAACACAGCAUGCCCUAUUUCCUAUCACAUAAUAGGGCUGAUAUCCAACAUUAGCCACGCUUAGAGUAAACCCAUUGAUACCAAUGGACUUAUGAUGUUAGUCUAUUUAUUUCAGUGGAUCUACAGAGAAUAUGACUCAGUUGGAAAUAUUAAGUUUGGAAAUACUCAAACCUACAAUGGUGUGUUUGGGUGGGGGAAAUUUUUAAUAAAAAUAAUAAUGAAGUGAUCAAAAUUGUUAGUUACAAAAAGUACACUUUGCCAUGAAUUUAGGAAGUUGAUCCAACCAUCUUUUAAAUCCUAUUUUAUUUUCUACAAUAAUAGUAUAUCAGAUAUAUUAUUUUGUCUUUCUUUCUCCCUUUGAAGCAGCAUGGCUGUUGCCAUGGUUACAGCUCUGACUUGACAAUGUGGUUGUCUUCAAGGUUUGAGUUUCACUUGCCCCGAUGCAUACUGGCUAGCAUAAUGACUGUCAUGCAGUCACAUAACAUCUAAUUCCAGUUCCGCAGGCAGAAGCAAAAUAAAACACAAUAGAAGCAUAUGUUCCACUUACAUUGGCCAGGUAAACACAGCUUGAGAAACCAAUGCUCCGUAUGCCUACCCACAGCAGCAACAGUCCCCACCCCACUAGGAAUAAGCACUUGGGCAGUGGAAGUUGGUGAUUUUUAUAUUUAAGAAGCAAUCCAACAGCUUUGGACUUGUUCAGGAACUUCUAACUAUAAAGGGCCAGACCAGAUGAUACCUAUUCCUGGAUCUAUUCCAUGCCCUCAUGAUGCUCCUGCCUUGCUUCUGAUAACCCCAGACAUGCACCCAAGGGUAUAGCAUUUGGUAGGACUUGUGUGCAGGCCUAUUUUAUGCAUUCAAUACUCCUUAUGCAUUGGCCAAUCUGUAGCGCGCCUCGGUCACAACCUUCUCUGGCUGCCAUUGGAGCUGGGCGAUAUAUUGGUAAAUUGUCCGAAACCAGUAUGGUAUUCAGGGUCGCGAUACCGGUUUCAGACAAUUUGAUCUAGAAAUACAUUGCACCAGCUCAAAUUGCAUGCAGGUGGCAAAGGGGGUAAGCAGGCAGGCAGGCAGGCAGGCAGGCACAAGGAGCCUGAGAAGAGAAGGUUCCAGGCGAGCACCGUCUCGGACUCCAUCCUGCCUGCCUGCACCUUUUUAGGAAGCCUCACCCCAUUCUUCUGGCUCCUGUGAGCUGGAGAGGCAUCAGGGCUUGCUCAGCUAAAUUGAGAUGAACUAAACUUUGGGAGGGUUUAGCUAUGAAAUACAAAAUCAAUGUAACUGUUUUAAAAAUUAUUUCCUACUGUCCCUCUUUUUCAGAUUUCUGAUCUGUCAAAACUUGCAUUGCCUUGGACUAUGGGAGGGAACCUUGUUACACAGCCAAUUACCCUUUUGGACGUCUGCUAUGGCAAAAUAGAAAAUUUAAAUCUGAGAUAUGUGGUAAGGACUUAAUGAAUUGAAAUACAAGGAAGAAUGCUUCAUUUCUUCCCUGACUUUUACUUUGACUGUCUUCUUUUAUUCCUUAAAAUAUUAAAAUUAAUUAGCAUUCGUAUGAAUCAUUUGCCCCUCUUACUUUCAGACUGGUUAAUGACUAAAAUCCCAUAUGAUUAAAAGUAUACUUGAGGGGAUAUUGAUUUCCAUCAAGGGAUGCUCAAUUAAAGGCAGAGCUAUUUGCCUUUACAGAAUAACAUUUUGACUAGAACAAAAAAAAAAGUGACUUAUGCUAGUAUAACUCUUUUUUACAUUAUUACUGUACAAGACAUAUCUAAGUGCAAAAGAAUACACAAAAAGAUAAUCUGCUUUUAGAUAUCCCAGUCAGAACCGUGUUGUGAUGUCAGCAUGAAUAUGCUGGAUACCACAUGACAGGAGGAGGGUAAGUUAGGCAUCUUGUUCAAGAGCAUUUCUCAGCGUAGCUCUGGGGCUGCAAGUGCGAUGAUAAACUUCUAUACUGGCUUGGCACCAAAUCAGUGUCUGUAUAUUGACAGUCUUUUGUUUUCUGAAUUAUUGCCACAGUGUUGCCUGAUAAGAUUUUUGUGUGCUCUUGUGUACAAUGGGAUGUUAAGUAUGAUGUGUUGGAUUCAACCAUAUUUGCCAUGCCAUAUUUCAUCAGCCACCACUGAGCAAUGGUUUCAUAAAGGAACACUACCACCACUGGCUGAGGACAAAGACAUGCUUGGCAGAAGUAUAAAUAAAGAACUGGUGCAAGUCAAAUCAGAAGAUGAGAAAAUAUUAAGAGACACAAAGUGACUCUUUUCUGCAUCCCUCUUAUUCUCCGCAGUGAAGACGUUCAGAAUUUUUGUAUCUCUAUACAGUGGUACCUCGGGUUACAUAUGCUUCAGGUUACAUACGCUUCAGCUUACAGACUCCGCUAACCCAGAAAUAGUACCUCGGGUUAAGAACUUUGCUUCAGGAUGAGAACAGAAAUCGUGCUCCGGCGGCCGGGCGGCAGCAGGAGGCCCCAUUAGCUGAAGUGGUGCCUCAGGUUAAGAACCGUUUCAGGUUAAGAAUGGACCUCCGGAACGAAUUAAGUACUUAACCCGAGGUACCACUGUAUAUUUUAUGUCUAAAUUUAAACAGGUUUUGGAAAUGUAUCUCUAGGUUGUGAAUACUGUUUAAUAGCAAAAUAAGAAAAACCUGGUGGAUGAGGUAGAAUCCUCCAUUUAAAUAUGGCAUGAGCUUGUUUGGAGGCAACACUAAACCAUAAUUUCAUGUUAUGCAGAUGUGUUUGCUUGAGUCUCAGGCUUUUACACACUCCCUCCUGGGUGACCAUGUGAAGGUUUCAAGCAUCUGCUUCCUGUUUAACGUCAACUAUGGUUUAACGAAACACUGGAAUAAUGAACUAUCAUUUCAUCCUGGCCUGUUUUAAGUAAACUGUAGUUUACAUUAACAAGAGUUUAUUCUCUAUGGGCAUAAUGAUAAAUCACAGGAAGUGGAUGCUUCCAAUCUCCACUCUGUGGCUGUUCCAGAGGGGAGAGGGAAGGGUGGAAUAUGCAAACUUGACAUUAUAAAUGAACUGGGCCAAAUGUAAGAUGUUUCGGGGAUCUGGUUUAACUUCAUGAUUCAAAGCAGGAAUACACGUUUGUGAACAGGAGAAGUAAAAAUUUAUUCAAAUUCGACAGAAAGCUCUGCUUUUGAGCUUGGUUUUUUUUUGGUGUGAACUUUCCAGAUAAUACCUGGCAUUCUAAGUUCUAGGGAGGCAAGGGUGGAAAUAAAAGUAUAUAUGAUGGCUGACAUGUAAAAGAAGAAAAGGGCAUUUCUAACCUCUGUUGCGUGUCAAGGGUGUGACCUUCUGAAUCGGGACUGAAACAAAUUGGCAAUGACAGCUCCUGAUUUUCACUGAUCUCACUUGAAAAACAUUGCAAAUUGUAUCUCGGCAGAAGUGGCUCUUGUGAUGAAUUAUUCAUGAAGCUAACUUCAUCACAUAGAACACCUGCUGAGAAGCGCUUGCAUUGCAUAUUAACAUACAUGUAUUAAGCUUUGCAAUUAAAGCCCCGGUAUCAGAACCCCGUUUGCUAUGACAGUUGUUAUAAUGCGCCCUGCUAAAGGCAAUGACAAAUACGGGUUUACAUUCUUGGAGCAUUUCAUAAUUUUAAUUGGUUCUGGGGAAAGGUCACCUUUCAGCAACACAAAGGGAGCUACAUUCAGUCUUUUUCCAAAGCAUAUCAAUAAUUCUCACACUUCCCCUUUCAUUUUAGUCUCCCUGUCCUGUAAAUCUGGCUGGUGCGUGGUACUUGCUUAAGUAGAACUCUGAAGAUAAUGUGCAGUCUUCAGACCAACAGUAGAAACUCAGUAAUAAUGAACACGUGUACUUGAAUUUAAAUCCUUUUAAUUUAAAUGGAACUUGUUUCCAUGUAAAUAUUAGGCUAUUUAGGUGCAUGCUGGAGUUACAGUCAAGAAGCAUAUGCAGUUCUUCAUUGUGGUCUCUGUGUAGCCCCUCAUAUGUAGUUCCAUGUGUGCACAUAAUGGAAUGAAACCUUCUCCAGCUCUCAGAAGGACAGAAGGUAGCAAAUGUUCUUAAAGAGGGAAAAUAUUUUCUCUAGCCUGAGUAAUUUCUUUUCCAUGUACAGUCGUGCCUAUUUUUCACGAUAAAUAUUACACACACUUCCCUUUUAUUGAGGUAAUGUGCUAAAAAGCAAAAAGCAAAUUCAUGCAGGCACUUGUGUAAAAAAUAAAACUUGCUUAAUUUCUCUAAUGAAGGCUGUAGUGAGAAUUGGCUGUUGGAAACAUUUGGCAUGAAAGAGCAGCUUUUAACAUGGAAACUCUUAGAUCUUUGUUUGAAAUCAUAUAGUGAGAAACUUCAAAAAAGAAGCCUUCAACUAGAGUGAAAUAUGCUCAAAUAGGUGAGCCAACACUAGAUGUUAUUUAGAAGCUCUUGAAAAACCUUUUGUGAUGCUAAUGAAAGCUGAUUUGAUUGGGUAACCUUUCCUACUUGUUCUUUGUAGAUCAAGUGUGGUUCUGCUUAUUAUGCUCCAUUGUUGCUUUUUUCUAUCAGUUGAAGGUUAAAUCUAUUUGCUCAUCCUUCUCCACUUAACCAGAGCUGGAACCCUGCGAAUGGAGACAUACUAAGUUAGAACUAUUUGGGAAGCACUUUGUUAAUAAAAUAGUAAUAAAGCACAAUGUUGAAUGAAGGAACUAGAAUAAAAUGCAGAGACUUCAGCAUCCUUUCCAACUCUAAAAUUCUAUGACGUAAGUGUUUCAGAGGACAGUGAGAUAAUUUCCAACAUUGCCUAGGUUUCUAGAAAGUACAGCCCCUCAUGCUUAGGGUGAGUCGCAGCAAUAAAAAAAAUCAAAGAUAUUAUUUAAAAUAUAAACUUCUAGAUUAUCCUGAUUCUAACUGGAAAUGAUUAAAUCAGGGGUGGUUGCUGUGGUGUCCACCCUCUAGAAGUUGCAGCAUUCCAGCUCUCAUCUGCCCCAUCCACCCUGCUAAAGGUAAGGGAUGAUGGGAGUUAUAGUCCCAACAGCAUAUUGAGGACACAACCUUGGCUACCCUUGGCUUAAACAAACAUGUUUCACACUGCUUUUGCAGAAUGCCUUGGUUCAUUUUCUUUAUUCAGCUACUAAAUCAUGCACUUUGUCAGAGAGCCUGGAGAUGGCUUCCAGGUGCUAUCUCAACCGCAAAACAUAACUUUAGCUGUAGCAAUGCAUAACAUACCAUCAGACCAUCAUCUGUUUUUGACUUUGAUGGACCUCAGGGAGGAAUGGAAUGUAUGCACACAUGUACAAUUUGGAAUUGAAGAUCAGUCAGCGAACCCUUUAGGUAGUGAGAAUUUUUUCUUUGUAGGCUUCUUAUUCUAACUUGCUGAGCCUAGCAAUUGAAUCAUAGAAGUGUAGAGUUGGAAGGGAAUCCAAGAGUCAUUUAGUCCAAUGCCCUGCAAUGCAAGGAUCUGUUGCCCAACACAGGGCUCGAACCCACAACCCUGAGAUCAAGUCUCAUGCUGUACUGACUGAGGAGAACAGGGGAGGAGGCAGCCUCUUAGCAGCCCUAUAUCUCAACCUCUAGACUGUAAAGCCAGGUGCACUCAGACAUGAACAUACUGAAAUCAGUAAUAUAGUGAGAACUUGGCUUCAGCCUCCAAGCAUCUAUAAAUACAACAGGUGUUUUCUUAAUACUUAUGUGCUUACUUGAAACUACAGGUGAAACUCAAAAAAGUAGAAUAUUGUGGAAAAGUUCAUUUAUUUCAGUAAUUCAACUUAAAAGGUGAAACUAAUAUACGAGAUAGACUCAUGACAUGCAAAGCGAGAUAUGUCAAGCCUUUAUUUGUUAUAAUUGUGAUGUUUAUGGCAUACAGCUGAUGAAAACCCCAAAUUAACAAACUCAGAAAAUUAGAAUAUUAAAUGAAAUCAGCAAAACAAGGGCUGCAAAUAGUGCAAUAUUGGACCUCUGAGAAGUAGAAGCAUGCACAUGUACUCAGGACUUGGUUUGCAUCAAUUACUGCCUCAAUACGGCGUGGCAUGGAUGCUAUCAGCCUGUGCACUGCUGAGGUGUUAUGGAAGACCAGGAUGCAUCAAUAGCAGCCAUCAGCUCUUCUGCAUUGCUCUUCUGCAUUGCUCUUCUGCAUUGCUCGGUCUCAUGUCUCUCAUCUUUCUCUUGGCAAUGCCCCGUAGAUUCUCUAUGGGGUUCAGGUCAGGCGGGUUUGCUGGCCAAUCAAACACAGUAAUCCCAUGUCCAUUGAACCAGGUUUUGGUACUUUUGGCAGUGUGGGCAGGUGACAAAGUCGUACUGGAAAAUGAAAUCAGCAUCCCCAUAAAGCUCGUCUGUGGAAGGAAGCAUGAAGUGCUCCAAAAUCUCCUGGUAGAUGGCUAGGUUGACCCUGGACUUGAUGAAGAUUUGGCUCCCCAAAUCUCUUUUCUGAUGAGAGCAGCUUUUGCAUCUCACUUGGAAACCAAGGACCCAGAGUCUGGAGGAAGAAUGGGGAGGCACAGAAUGCCAGAUGCUUGAAGUCCAAUGUGAAGUUUCCACAGUCUGUGUUGAUUUGGGGAGCCAUGUCAUCAGCUAGUGUUGGUCCACUGUGCUUCAUUAAGUCCAGGGUCAAUGCAGCCAUCUACCAAGAGAUUUUGGAGCACUUCAUACUUCCUUCCGCAGACAAGCUUUAUGGGGAUGCUGAUUUCAUUUUCCAGUAGGACUUUGUCACCUGCCCACACUGCUAAAAGUACCAAAACCUGGUUCAAUGCCCAUGGGAUUACUGUGCUUGAUUGGCCAGCAAACUCGCCUGACCUGAACCCCAUAGAGAAUCUACGGGGCAUUGCCAAGAGAAAGAUGAGAGACAUGAGACCGAGCAAUGCAGAAGAGCUGAAGGCUGCUAUUGAAGCUUCCUGGUCUUCCAUAACGCCUCAGCAGUGCCACAGGCUGAUAGCAUCCAUGCCACGCCGUAUUGAGGCAGUAAUUGAUGCAAAAGGGGCCCAAACCAAGUCCUGAGUACAUGUGCAUGCUUCUACUUCUCAGAGGUCCAAUAUUGCUCUAUUUGCAGUCCUUGUUUUGCUGAUUUCAUUUAAUAUUCUAAUUUUCUGAGAUUGUUAAUUUGGGGUUUUCAUCAGCUGUAUGCCAUAAACAUCACAAUUAUAACAAAUAAAGGCUUGACAUAUCUCGCUUUGCAUGUCAUGAGUCUAUCUCAUAUAUUAGUUUCACCUGUUAAGUUGAAUUACUGAAAUAAAUGAACUUUUCCACAAUAUACUAAUUUUUUGAGUUUCACCUGUACAAGGGCAGCUUGACAUAUCUGGAUAGGUAUGGUUGCAAGGUUUUUAGCUGAGGCAAUUAGAAUAAGAUCCACUAUUUGACUAUUGAUUCAAAACCUAAAAUGUAUGUUAGAUAAUUGACUUUUAUUUGUGUAUAUCGUAUUGUUGUUUUAUUGCUAUGGCCCGAUGGCAUGACGCAAAUAAAUAUUCAUUCAACAUCUGGAUAGGUUUCACUGUUCAUUUGGAAUGCACAAUCCUGCCUUGAGAAAGAAAAGCAUUCACUGAAAACCAUAGACAAUGGAAGGACACCAUGAAAAAUAUGAUCAUAUCAAGAAUAUUUAUGAAAAUCAAGGAUACUUGAGCAAAAUAAUAACAGAAGUGUCAGAUACUUAGUCUUCAAAUUAGUGUAAAGCUUAUAUAUACUGUAAUGCUUUCAAAAAUACUAAUAGUUUUUUUUAAAAAAAUACAGAAAUAUAGUACAAAGUACUCUUUAUCCAUUACAGAUUGCAAAGUCUGGAACAAUCUUUCCCUGUUGAGGUGUUUUCACAGAAGUUACUAAAUAACUGAGUGGUCUUUAAAUGGGACACCAUUGGUUGUCAAGUACUUGGAAUUUUAAAAGCAUUAGAGGACAGAAAAAAACUUAAAUUCAGAUAUCAGAUUGUGAUGUGCAAGCUGUGUACUGGAAAACCUCAAAGUUCCUUAGAGGGCUUAUCAGGGGUUCCUUAGUGAGGUUCCUUAGUGAGAAGGUCUUUAAUGACAGAUAAGCUUCCGUACUAGACAGCUUGCUUAUCACUGUAAUCAUCCACUAGGUAGUGUGGGAUGUGCUCUAGAAUGCAUGCUUAGUUUGCACCCAGUGACAGUGACCUGGUCAGUGUUACACAUGCACUGACCUCACACCCUAAGUAAGCUACAGGAUCAUAUGCAACACACAAAGGUUCCUCUGUUAGCUAUUGUGUUGACGAUCAGCUGUUGUGACUCAUUAGCUGUCCAGAAGUGAACAAAGAGUCUCUGCCUACAGUUCAAGUUUUGACUCUGCAUCUAAAAUUGAGCCUUCCUCACAUCUCUGACGCUUUCCCAUCAGCACACACUUCUUUUUGCUUCUAUUUCUUCUCGGAUCUGGGUAGCAGUUGCCAGGAGAGAAGGACUGAGGGCAGACAAAAGCUAGCUUUCAUCCUGCCUUCAUAUUUUCUGGAAAGAGCUGAGAUAAAAUGAGGUUUACAGUUGUGUUCAGGAAUUACUUUGAUUUCAGUGGAGCCAAUUUAUGUAUGACUUUACAGAACUUAAGCUUGAAUUUGUAUCUCUAAACUCAAUUGGUACUUAUAUGCAGUUCAGAGAUGAUGUGUCAGAGGGUUACCAAACCUAGCAUGUAAUUUGUUCUCUCCCUGUGAGUUUCUGUUGGUUGUUCUUCUGCUCAUGCAAAGAGAUAUGCUCGCUCACUUCCAGAGGGAUGGAAAAUUAUAUAUAGGCAACCUCAGGAUGUUUUAAAUGCUUUGUACUCUUAUCUGCAAGGGACUAGAGUAACUGGGAUGAGCUACUUUUUAAUUCUGUAGAACCUGAGGUUUUUACUGAUGCCUGGUUUCCCUUUGGAAGCAAAACGACUAUAACUACAUCCUUUCUGUUUGUAAGUGCGUGCACACACACACACCUGUGUGCAAAGUAUCCAUAAAUUAAAAACCUAUUUUUCAUUUGAAGUUGUUGCUUAUAUGAAGUAUAGAACAACAUCAGCUGCGAAAUGCAUAAUCAUGUGUAACUGUUAGAAGCAUCAGAUAAGUGCUGAAUGAAAAUGAAGUAUUCAAAGUUGUACAUAAAAGAUGAGAGAAACAGCUCAUAUUGUAGCAUUCAAGAUGCUGUGUGUAUUAUGAAGAAAUUUGCAUGAACACUUGCAUCCAAAUGUUUUUGUCUUGGCAAAUUCUUUUAAAUAUGUGAAUAUUCUCAGAAUGUAUACCAGUCUUAUUUGGGGGUGUUAUUUGGCAGUACAACUGCACAUUCUUCUUUAUCUUAGCAUUUAUACAUUUUAAUCUUUUUAUGCUAAUUGCUUCAAAAUGAGCGCUUGAUCUUAGCAAUGACUUCUUAGUCUAUACUAAAUGAAAACAUGCUGUUCAAUAAAUGGCAAAUACAGCUGGCUAAAGGUUUAAACAGGAAAAGGACACAGGAUUCUGUGGUAGGUAGAAGAUAAACAUUGGCUUGUUUAUGGUUUUCUAAUACUCUGUUUAGAAGUUUGAUUCCCCCACCCUCUCCAAAAAAUCCUUUUUACUACUCUAGCUCUGAGCUGUUCUUUUGGAAAAACAAUCAGCCCUGUUUGGAGGGUAGCUUUGAUCUCUGUUUUCUUAUUUGUUUUAAGAAGCUAGAAUUCUGGCAAUUUGUUGUGUUUCAUGCUUUGUCAGAUCAUGCCCCCUCAACACAUGUUUUCCACAGAUGGCUUGGAAGGGCGGGGGGGAACGGCAGUGGAAUGCCUGGGGUUUGACGUCUCCACUACAGUUCCCAAGUGAUUGUUUUGGAAAUGUCAGCCUACCCACUGUGGUGCCUUGCAGGUACCUAGCGAGGGCAUGUGCCCUUUCACCUGGCAUGCUUAACUUGUUUUUCUUUCCUCAAUGUUUACCAUUUCUCCUCGUAACCUUUCUUGUUUUCGCAGAGCACUCUUGAAGGAAAACUUAGCAAGCUGCGGAGACACCUGCUUGCCGUGAGGCAAAAUCUGGGUUUUGUUCUUGCCCCAGGACAGAUGUCCUCUGAGGCAGCUCAGCACAUCCUACCAACUGCUGUUUAUGCUCGGCUGAUAAAUCAUGCAACUCAGUGUCAGCAGUCUGUGGAGGAAUGUUGCAAUGAUUUGCUCACUUUGACGCUUCUGGUACCUUCAGCACCUUGGGUGAGUGUUGUGCUUGGCAGGCUGGAGAGGGAUUGUUUCAGAACAAUUUUAAAUGCUAGCCAAAAUGCUACGUUCUCCUUGUUAUGUAUAAUCAAGUUCUAGUCUGCCUCUGGCUCUUAAUCAUACUUCAUUCCUGUUUAUUCGAUGGAGGGGAAAAGUGUCGUCCCCUCCCCAUUCUUUUCAGGCAGAAAAUAAAAUACAUUUGUUGGUAUCUUGUAGUUAUCAUCAAUUCAUAAUAUUGCACGGGCAUCUUUUGCAGAUGUACCACUAUGUACAGAACUAUUUGAUGACAAGCAAAUGCGUCCAAAUAUAUUCUUCACUUAAACCUGUUCUUACUUGUGUACCGUGGGAGCCACUGCGGGAUUAUUCCUACUCACACCAGAGUCUUUCCAGAAAGUGGGACAAUGAAGUGUGAGCUUCUCAUAAUUCCUCAGUGAUGCAGGAAGGAGCUAGACUCCAUCAGAUUCCAUAUUGGCAGUAUGAUGUGGAAAGGGGUCUCUCUCUCAUAUUUGAUGUUGAACAAAGGAUCCCUGUCUGUAGAACAGGAGAACAGCUGCCAGUUAGAGAGUCAAUACCAAACAACCUACCAUUAGUUAAUGUUUUUUUACUGAACACAGAAAGUUAAACCAGCAUCAAAGAGAAUAAGCUGGUGCUCCACCUUUCCCCACAGCUGCUGCUAAAGUUCACCUAUAUUUCCUGUAUGAUUCCAGAUAGAGAGUCCUUCUGAUGUAGUGGUGCCCAUUUGUUUACUGCUGGAAUGCUAAAGCAGGAAAAUGAAAAUGCACAGAAAUGAAAUCAAUUUUUUGCCUCUGUCUUCACAGCAGAAGAUUUAGGGCAGACCCCUGUAUCUGAACUAACUUCCUUAGAAAGGGUGUCUGAGGAACUGAGGCAAAUAGUUGUGACAAGAGAUGAUGUUUCAGGCCUUAUUGACAAACUGAAAACUGACAAAUCACUUCCACCUGAGAGUUCUUAAAGAACUCAGAUGGCCAGAAAUUUCUCAUUUAACAAUACAGUGGUACCUCAGGUUACAGACGCUUCAGGUUACAUACGCUUCAGGUUACAGACUCCGCUAACCCAGAAAUAGUACCUCAGGUUAAGAACUUUGCUUCAGGAUGAGAACAGAAAUCGUGUGGCGGUGGUGAAAGGCCCCAUUAGCUGAAGUGGUACCUCAGGUUAAGAAUGGACCUCCAGAAUGAAUUAAGUUCUUAAGCCAAGGUACCACUGUAUGUAACUUGUUCCUAAGAUGAGCUGCCAUAAUGGCGGAUUGGAAAAUGGCCAAUAUAACACUAUUUUAUUUUUUUUAAAAAAUGGGAUCCAGAGGAGAACCAGGACAUUUACAGGCUGGUUAGCUUAAUGCCUCUUUUGGGUGAAAAAACGGUGGAAACAGUGGUUAAAGAUAUGAUUAUAAGGCAUAUAAAAGAACAGAGCUCUGCUGAAACAGAGCUACCACGCUUUCUACAAGGGUAGGUUUGGCCUCACCAAUCUUUUAGAGUUCUUUCAGAGGCAAUAAGCAUGUUGAUAGAGGAGAUCCAGUUGACAUUGCUUACAGAGACUUUCAAAAAACUUUGUUAAAAUUAUAAGAAGAGGCCUGCUGGAUCAGACCAAAGGCCCAUCUAGUUCAUUGGUGGCACAGGUGCCAACCAGAUGCCAUCAGAAGCCCGCAAGUGAGACCUGAGUGCAGCAGCCCUCUUGUUACCAGAACCCACCUGAUGAUUUCCAGUUCCAAGUUCCCCAAGCCCAUGUGCUUGGAUUUUUUCAAUUGUUUUUCAUUCUACUCCAUUGUCAGUGAUUGGAUUAGAUCUGCUCAGGGAUCCUCCUCCUUGCUGGGAAUUAGACACCAUUUUUAGGCUAAACAUUUUGAGAAGAUGAGGCACAGGUUGUGUCUUCUCAAUGAUAUCUGUGUUGCUGAAUGUGUGGCAGCAUAUUCAAAACUUGCUGUAGGCGAGAAUUCUGAAUGAAUAUACAGGAAAUUUUGAACAUCCUUACCUCGAUGCCUGCCUGCUGUGAUUUAUGGAAACAUAGAAACCUUUCUUAACAUUGUCAAAUUAUAUUUUUUUAGAAAAUGGUGUAUGAAUUGCAGAAAACUUUUUUUCAAAAACAAAAACAAAACAGCAGCAGCAAUCACCCCCGCCUCCACCCUCUGGCAACACCUCUAGAACGGUUUUGCGCUUCUAUCAAAGAGCAAACAUUGGAAUGGUCUCAACACUUCUAAAAACUCAAAUGUACAUCUAAACUGACAUAGUGCUUCCAACAGCUUCUUCCCUUGAAGGAAUGGGAAGCCAGUGAAAGGAGAAGCUUGAGCAGGAAAAAAAUAUGAAAUUUAAUUGUUUCACCUUUUUAUAGAGAGAUUGAUGGGAGGAGAAAGCCAAUUGUGGCUCAGGAAAAGGGGAUGAUAGGGAACUUUGAAGCCUGAGAAUUUUUCGGCAAGAUUCUCUUUGGUCCUCAAGCCAGUGAGACCAAAUGAGCAUAUUGGUAAGCAAUUUUCCUUUCCCCCACCAAGGCAAUAGAGUGUGACAUUAUAUUAGAUUAUUAUCUUUGGGCAUUGUUUAAAGUGUGUUAUAAUGCAGUCUAAUUAGCCAUGUGAUAAUUGGGUGCCUAACAAAUGAAGAAAACUAAAAAAAGGCUUUAAUAAUCUCAUUUGAAAUUAAUUUUCCCCAUUUAUCCUUACUUUAUCUUUAUUGUGGCUGAGGCUUUAUUAGCAACUUCAUAGCUAAGCUGCUAUUAUUUGCAUUUUAAGUAGAAUUAAAGUCACACUGUUUCUGUUUUUAAUUUGUUUUUUGUUUGAAUCUUAAAUAAUUAAGGCUGCAGUCCCAGAAGCCUUUACUUGAGAGUAAGCCCUCCAUUUAGUACAAUUGGGCCCACUCCCAAGUAGCCAUGGUUUGGAUUGUAUUACAGAUCUAAUAUCUUCCUUUAAGGAAAGAACAGAAAUGUCCCUUGGAUAUUAAAUAAUCACAGCAAAUUUGGAUUGACAAUGUAACCUACUUUAUUGUUUGCAAACACUAUGGAGGCCAUAUCCAGUAAGUUAUAAGUAAGCAAAUAAACAAUAAAUAGGAAGAGCAGUUACAGCCUUUUGCACAGACUUUAGAAACCACAAAUUGUCUAACCAUGGAAACUUGUAGCAAUAAUCUGUAGGCUCAAGACUCCAACACACCCAUGUAUCCAGAGUUAAAUGUGUAUAAGAAGACUGAUGGAAGCCGAGUUCUUUGCCCCCUCCUCCUCAAGGACCACCCUCCCCAAAUGCUCUACUGGGGUUAAGGGAGCCUACUCAAUGGGGUGGGUUGAGGGGGCCUUGAAAACUAGUCAGAGAAGCCUUUCGUGAGUUGAAAGCUUUGGAAAGGAGGAGAUGGGGAAGUAUAUGGGGGUGGUGUUUCUCUGUAUGCAGUUACUUUUUUGGUACAAGAUCAAUUUUAUAUUUCGUUUUUUGAAUAACCUUAACAUUAUUUUGAAAAAAAAGAUGCUUAUUAUUCUUUCAGAAGCAAAUAGCAUUAAGAAGCUUAUAUGAUACAUAAGUCUUGCCUGUCUUCUAUAUUAUAUAUAAUUUUGCUGGCGUUUAUUCUGAGGUUGUAUUUUGAAUCAGCUGACCUAGCAAAUAAAACGUAUUAAUGAAUAAUUAAGAGAGAUGCAGGCCUAAUUAUCUCUAAUUUGUUUUCUGAAUGCAAUAUCCGCCUUAUAUGAGAACACGAGCACCUAACCUCCUCUAGAGAGCUGCGAACAGAUAUUUAUGGUGUUAGUAAGCAAGGACAUUUAGUGCCUUAGGUUAGUGAGAUACUGGUAAGUGGGUGGCUAUGAUGAAUUAUUUAGUAGUCUCUUUAUGGCUUCUUCCAUGGAGAUGGAGACAAAAGGGGUUUCCUGAAGUCUCAUGAAUAAGCGUGUACACCAGGGAGUGCAAGAAUCAAAGGGAAAGGAAUUAGCACCUGACAGCUGAUGCUUUUGGCCACUAGUUUGAUGUGGAGAUUUAGCAAAAUUCCUUGAGUUCUAUUGGGUCUUCCAGGAAAUUCACCAGUUUGGCUAAAUUGUGCUAUAAAAUAUCUUUCCGUUAUGUAAUUCAUCUAUGGAAGCAAGCUGGCUAAGGAAAAUUAACUCAACUGUUAAUCAGAGAAUAUGAAUUUUGUAUUUUUAUUGCUGGAAUUUCUAGAAACAUUUGCAGUACCUCCUCUGCCUGGGUGUAUUAGAUGUCGAGUCUUAAAGGUCACAUGUGAGCAAGCAACAGAGAGAUUGUAAAUGACAUUUGUGGAUUGUGAGCAAAGAACUUUUACUCAGAGUAGACUCAUUGAAAUUAAUGGGCCUUAGGUACUUAUGGGCUUUUAAUUUCAACAGGUCUACUCUGAGUAAAACAUAGCUGACUACAACCCGUAUUAUAAAAAAUUGUACAUAACAAACACAUUUUAAAAUCUAGCUUCCCAGUUCUCAAAGGUGACACGUGCAGUUUGUGAAAGAAAUAAACUCUUUUUUUCUUUUUUCCCCUUUCUAAUAUUUACUUUUUUCAAAUCUGAAAGCAGAUUAUAAAUGGCAACUAACAAGCAUUUAUUUCUACAAUGAAGAUCCCCAGAAAAAGACUCUUAACCCCUAACACUUUCUGCUGUAUCACAUCUCAUUCUGUCGGCAUCUUAGAAAUUGUCAACCUGUCCAGUAUUUGUUGCAGACCCCUCCCCUACGGAUGAAUCUCUCAUUCAUUACAGUAAUUCAAACACACUAACAUUCUAAUGUCAAAUCCUAGGCUUUAAUUAGACAACUUUCAGCCUAGGUGGAAACUUUGGGCUCACAUGCCUGGACGGUUAAGUACAGUUGAAUUCAACUAUAGGAUGUGGCUCUCAUCUCUGCUUUCAGGCAGAGGGAGCCAGCAUUUGUCUACAGACAGCUUUUCCAGGUCAUGUGGCCAGCAUGACUACACCGCUUCUGGUGCAACAGGACACCCUGUUGGAAGCCAGAGUGGAUGGAAAUGCAGUUUACCUUUGCGCCAUAACAAUACCUAUUUAUCUACUUGCACUGGUAUGCUUUCGAACUGCUAGGUUGGCAGGAGCUGGGACAAAGCAAUGGGAGCUCAUCCUGUCAUGUGGAUUCGAACUGCUGACCUUGCGAUCAGCAAGCCCAAGAGGCUUGGUGGUUUAGACCAACACAACAGGCACUGCGGUGUGAAAGGAAUGUUAGAAAACAGAACAGACGUGCUAGCGCUAUAAUCAGGAAAACUAUCACAGUGUUCCCCAUGUCUGAAUGCACCCUGCGGAUAACUGAAUUGGGAUCUGCAAGCAUGCUUAAGCCUGUGAAACAAGAAAUGUUCUGGGAUUCAGUAAAUGAAGGGCUCUUUUUACAACAUGGAUUUUGGAACAGCAAGAAGCAAUGGCACUGUUGUUACCCGGAUCUCUAGCAAUUCUUCGGUUAAUGCUUCCUGAAGAAUUGCAGUCUCAACCUAAUGAAUAGAAUUCCUAUGUGCCAGCCAGUAUUUCUGGACACCUCCAGAGGCAAUUUUGCCUUAGAUGAUACAUGAAAGAAUUGUGUUUUCACUUUCAGGGAAGUAAUAUAUCAUGUGUAUCUAUCAAAAGCAGCAUGAGCAUUUUAACAUGAGAACUGUACCGUAAAAUAAUGUUCUAUCAAUCUCCCUCCCACCUGCAAGUUAUUACUGGGCUUAGCAUGGAUGCCGUUUCCAUGCAGUUUCCUCCUCCUUAUUGGCCUCAUGGGAGAAUGUUGGUUUUAGUUUACUCUACAAUCAGACAUAUAUAUGUUUUUUAAAUCUAUAGAAUAUAUAUAUUAGGUUUUUCCAAUAAAAACUAGGUUCAGAUGGUGCAAACAGAUUAGAAUGUGUAAUAUACUACUACAAGCAAUCGCCAUUCCCAGGAGUCCAAAAUAAGGAAUAUUUAAAGUGGAAGUUUCCCGAAAUAUACAUAUUUAAAUCCAAAUCACUGGGUUGUAACAAUUUCAAUGGGAAAAUGGUUAUAUUUGAUGGAUUUGUUUGAUUAUUCAGAAAAGAGCCUUAAAUAUGAUGGCUGAUCCUCAAGGUUGCUAACAGAAACCCAUGGUGCUAUUACCAAUUAAUAUCAGUUGUAUGUUCACCAGAUAACCUGUUGUAUUUGUUUUAAAAUCACACAGUUGUAAUGCACAUGUUCACACUGAUUGCUGUGAUCUAUUGUCAGAUUAGUAUUCCAGCUCAUUUUGUUUGAGCUCCAAUUUAGGCAUGAUCAAGCUGUGCUAAUACCAAUGCUACAAGCAUAUACCAAUGCUACAACAACAAAAGAAAUGGCAUGGUACUAUCUUAAUUGCUUUUCAUCUAGGUUAGAAGUGGUGAUUGACCAAUGAGAUUAUUUUUAACCAAAUAAAUGUCUUCUUUCAAUUGAUUAAAAUAUUAAUUUGUUUUUAGAAUUUCAUCAUUUGACUUUCUGUGAAAAAUUUGGCACAAUCUAAUAACCUUUUUAAAAAAGUGGCUAAAAUAAACCCAGCAAUCAGUUGAUAAUUUAAAAGACUGCAGUAUGUCCCAAAGCAAUUGAAAACCCCCAAGCUCCAUUGGUGAGUUGGUCUUGCAGGCCACUCAAAGUAGCAGAUUCCAUUGUUCCUGCUCUAUUAAUGUACAACAGAGUACUAGAUGAACAGUCAGGGUCAAAUAUUAGUAACAUUAAAUCUGAAUUUGUAGAGGAAGCAGAUCUCUAACUUCAAGUUCUCUUUGUCUCUCUCACUCUCAUGGGGUGUGUGUGUGUGUGUGUGUGUGUGUGUGUGUGUGUUAGAGCAGGCUGUUACCACCUACAUUAUCAGCUGGCAGAAGUGGUUGCUUGUCUGUGAUGUAGAUGCUACUUACUUUGGUCUGUAGAUGGCAGUAAGUUGCCACCGUAAUGGCUUCUACCGGUUUUCCUAUUUAACUGGUGAUUUAAAUGCUCUGACCGAUAAAACAUACAAAUUAAACCAACUCACACGGCCAGUGUCUUCCAAGAGACAAGUGUACUGGACUUGGAUACGGGAGGCCCCAAUUCAAAUUUCUGCUCAGCCUUCUUGGUGGCAAGUUACAGGCUGUGAUCUAUCUUUAUCUUUAUCUUUUUUUAAAAAAAAUAAUGGCAACACUGACUUUCUUCAAAAGGGUUUUCUAAGAUAAGAUCUAUUAAGCACUCUGAAGUUUUGUGGACGAGGAGCUCCUCUUAAGGGAAUAAGGAGAAGCGGUGCACAACCUCCCAGGUCACUGCUUUAAAAACCUGACUUUUCUAUAAAUAAUUUUCAACACUUCAACCAGCUACAUUUCAUGGUGUAUCUAUGUCAGAGCUUUCGACCACGUUUUAUGUUCUGUUGAAGUAGAGUUUCACUGUUAUCGCUUUGCUUCUUAUCUCAUCCCUGCACUUUGUUCCUCACUAUUCCGAGAGGUGCUUUUGUAAAGCACUGUACUCUAAUUUUAUCAAUUUUAAUAUGCUCCUGGAUCACAUGACAGCUAUAAGUGGGCUCACACUGCCAACCGGAAGCAUUUGGGUAAAAAGUAGAUUUGAUCAUUGCAUUCUGAGGAAGCACUACUCUGCAAGACCCAGACAGAAGGGAGAAGACAAGCCCCAAAUUGAACAUAGGAAGCUGCCCACCAUCUUAAUGACUCUUCUCUUUUCUGUCUUGGCAGAAAUACCGCCUAUAUUCCCCCCGCCUGAGAUCUCAAACUUUCAUCUGUUUAGCUGCAUUCCUGAGAAGCAGCAUUAUGAUGAAAAAUGAUGCCCAUUGCUUUUUCGUAUUGACUGAAAUGCCUUACCUGUAAGGGGAAACGUAGGACUUAACAUCUUCCAGUGAAUCCAUUGUGUUGGGUGUAGGAUGCAAAGCAUAAACUAGCAUUUAAUUUGUAUCAAGAAAAUGCACAGCAAGUCCUUGAAAGUUCAGGUAGAUCAUUGUUACCUAUUAGUGAAGUGUCUGUCAGGAUGAUGGACUGGGAGCCAAUGCCUGUUACCUUCUGCUUGCUGUUGGGUAUGACAAAAAGCAAAUUUCAACCUGGUUUUCUCAGGGAACAAUUGCUCUUGUUCCUCCCUUGUCCUGCACCAGUGGCAGGUGUCUCCUUAUCUGUAAACUGUCCCCUAGAGGGAAUUUAGGGAGAGCAAUAAUAUAAUUAUUAUUUAAAUGAGGAUGUCGUCAUCAGCGUCAUAAACUUUUAUUGCACUAACCAAAGGCCAUGGUAUCACACAUAAACAUCAACAGUCACUAUACAUACAGUAAAACCACAGUCAAAUCUACGAAAAUUCUUUGUUAUACUUUAUAAGUUACAAAGUCAUUGGCAUCGCUUAGCAGCCAUUUCACCCUCUUCCCUUUCUUUUCAAUCUUGUGAAGGGAAUCCUCAGCGUUCUACACACACACACACACACACACACACAGUGGCAACAGGUUCCACAGAUUCCAUAGGAGUCCUUUAGAUGCUAAGAUCUUGCUUGUUGUUCCACUGUUACACCUUGUUGAUGACUUCAAGAUUAGCAAUGUUUUGUGUUUAUUUUAAUAGGUUUGAUAAUAGUUAUUUUUUACGUCUCUUGGAUGCAUACUGUUGUUUAUCCAUAAUGCUGCUUGUAUAAAGAUGCCAAGAAGCGCUUGCUCAAUUUCACACAUGGGUAAUUGUGGAUUGUGAACGCAAUCCAUUACCCAAUUACUACAGCUAAAAUGGCAAAAGGAAAUGGAUUCAAAGGUGCUUUCGAUGUGUAUUUCGGAAAACGUAUUAUGCUGUUUCUUUCCCAUGCACUAGAAUCCAGUGCUGCGGGGGGGGGGGGGGAGUAAAGCUAAAUCUAAUAAUGUUCUUCUACUUGUGGCAAUAACUUGCACAAUCUCUUUCUCACACCUUCCUGCACCCCCCUUCUGCUUUUGAGAGUCCCCUGGUGGGGCAGGGGAGCAUCUCUGACAGUUUUCAAUUGGUGUCUUCUGUUAGUGGAAACACACCAAUUCGAUUCCUCCCCAUAUCCCUCAAUUUUCUCGCCAUCUAUACCCAGUUUAUUCUUUGCUCUUUUAUACUUUUACUCCCAAUUAUUACUUAACAUUCAGAUCCUUAUUGUCCAAGUUCCAUUGCAUUUGAUGCACACUCUUCAUGAGAGGCUAGUCAUGACUGGGGCUUUCUAUUUUUAUCACAGAGAUCAACAACAUUAAUCAAGUUGAAAAGAUUUAUAGUAAAUUAGUCUGUUCAUAGAGGUUUUGACCUCUGCUUCAUGGCACCUAAAUCCCCGGCUGAAAAUAUUUUCUCCACAGCCUGCUGUGUGGUUUCUCUUAUUAAUUGUACACUUUCAAAAUGUUUUGUAGCACUAAGUGUAGCCAUAAACUUCAAAUGAAGCAGAGAAGAAAUUCCAUCAUUCUGAACCUGACAGGGGAUUAUACCUUCUUUUGCUGUGUCUUUUAUUUUAACCUUGUGUGUGUAGCUUUCAAUAUAGAAAAAAAUUCCUAUGUUGAAGGCUAUGUGACAAUAGACAAUUGUGGGUUAUUGUUGUUUUGAAAGGUCUGUUUGAAUUAUAAUUUGGUAUUUAUUGGCAUACGAUUCUAAUUACUGCUUGAUUUCAGGUGAUAAGUCAAAUCUUAAAAUGUACCUCCCUAAGAAGCUUGCAAAACUGGUGUCGUGGUGUAUUGUCUACUACACAACUCAUCAUCAUUGAGCAUCGUUGUAAUUGGUGGAUGGUGACUAAAAUGCGAGCGACCUUGUGACAGAUGCUAUUUACUCUGUUGCCUUCUCUAUUGUUCUUGAUGUGCUUUUGGUGUCACUGCUAGGGAAGCACAGGAUCUGAUCAAGCUACCCUGCUGUAACCUCUAGCAUAGUGACAACCAUCUUAACCAUGUUACAGGAUCAUGUGUAAAUUAAGUGGUUUUCAGCUUCAUCAGCAUGAAGCAAGAUGGAAGAGUACCAUCAUCACACAUGCUGCAGCUAUGGUAAAAUCGCCUAGCAGUUAAAUUUACGCUUUGAGGGUUUUCUGUUGAUACCUGUGAUUGGGGGCAGAAAUUGAAUGGCUCCUUUAAACUAUCCUUGGGUAAAGUGCUCCUUUUACUACUACUCCCCCCCCCCAAUGUUUUUCAGGAAAUCCUGGAGAAUUCCUUGAGCCAGGAGUUCACUGUGGAGAAUGUGCUUGCGACGCUUCCAGCCUUCCCCAAGGGUGCCCCUCAGCAACGUGCUAAAAGGGCAGCAGAAGCCCUGGUAAAGGCUCAAAAUUAUUCCAGGCAAAUGGCAAUGCAACAGGUGAGGAAAUGGGGGAGUUUAUUUCAGUUUAACAUCCUCUCCCUCCGCCCUUCUUUUUAACAGAUUUGACCUACUUUGCAGUCACUGGUCAAUUUUCCCCUUGUACAAACCUUAUCGCACAGCUAAUGUAUAAAGGUUAGAAUUCUUUUGUUGAGUGGCUGUGCAGGCAUUAGUCUCACUUCCUGCUGGCAAGGCCACUUUUUUGUGGGUUUGUACAAUAGGAGCUUAUGAAUGCUUCUAUUCAUGGCCAGCUCCUGAGGCACACAGAAAAAUAGGCAGCCAUUCCUUUAAAACAGAAACUUAAAUACGAUUUGGAGGUUUUCUCGUUCUUUCUUCCCACUUCAGGAACCAAAGAGCUGUAUUAAAACAAGCAGGAAGGAGCUUGAAAACUUCCAUGGAACAAAAGGCAAAAGUUCACAAGGAAGUAUCUUAUGUUUCCCAACGUGAAGACAAUUCCUGUUCUUACAUAUAUAUAUUUCAGAAAACUUAGCUUAACAUGUCAAGUUCUGCUAAAUCAUAAUAGGCUAAUAACAGUGUUUCUUUCCCAGGAACUUAAGAAAGCGUUUAUGUAGAAGUUUGUUAGGAGGUCAAAUGUUUUCUUUAAAAUUUCCCAUUUUCCAAGUGAUGGAUCUCCAGUUAUGAUUUUGCCCUUUCACAUGUUCUAUUCUGAUUUUUAAAUGCUGCUCAAGCUAGAAUUUAGACUUCUCAAUCUAGAACUUAUCCCUUUGGGUCUCUACCAGAUGUCUGACAAUUUAGUGGACCUCUUUGAGGCAGGGAUCUAUUAGUGGGUCUUCUUUGAUUGUCUGGCUUAAGGCUGCUCCAGAUCAUUAGUGGGAAUCUAUCCAAUAUACAGGCUACAAUCCAAAAGACUAACAUGCACAUAUUGCAGGAGCUGUGUGGGCAGCCUGAGCUUUGGCUGAUUCUGUUGUACUUCAUUCUGCUGAAGAGACAAGCUGCUUGUCUCUUUAGCAGCAGGAUCUGCUGUGGUAAUGCUAGCAAACAAAGCUCCAGCAAUAAGUAUACUUCUCCAAUCUGUGUAUCAUGCCUUUAAAUCAUAGCCAUUCAUUUUUUUUUCUUUGACAAGUGAAGCUUUAAUUAAGUAUGAAUCAUGCAGUGCUGACUUUUCUUUUGGGGUGUGUAUGUGUGAAAGGAAGUUCUACAAACUGCGUUCUGGUUCCAUGUCAGAAAGAAAUGUUACACUCUAGCUGAUGGAAGCAUUUAAACACUUGAGUGUGAGAGACCAUUCUUUUUUUAAAAAAAUUGGGAAGGCUCUUAAUUUUUUAAUUUGAUUUUUAAUUUUAAUUAGAUUUUCAUAACAUAAUUUCAGACUUCAAAUUUGUUAUACAUUUCUCUUAUACUCUGACAUCCCACAGCCAAUCAGAAGCUGUGCUUUGGUUUCCAAACAUUUUAGAAGUCAAAUGGCCUUCCGGAAUGGAUUCCAUUCGACUUCCAAGGCAUGACUGCAUUCCUCUGUUACAUCACACAUCUAAUAUAUAUUCCUCUAGUUCAUAUAUUAUCCUUUCUUCCCAUUGCUCACAUUUCAAAUCCUGCCCACGAUUUCAUUUGGUUGUUAUAUAUUUUUUCAAAUAAGCCAAAAAUUCCACUCUUCCAUAAAUUGUUCAUCAUGUUGAUCUCUUAUUCUUGCCGUUAGCUCUGCAUAGCCCAUUGAUUUUAGGAGCUAUUCUUCUUUGUUGGACUUCUUUCUUCUUUCCAGUUUUGUGCAUGGGAAGGCUUGUUCUUAAUGGCAUAAGUAGAUCAAGGAGUUCCAGUCCUCUCUAUUUAAGUUAAUUAAGGUUAGUAGUCUUCAUUUGUGUUGAACAGGGAGAACCAUAAGCCAAUUUUAGAGCUCAUGCUAUGUAAGAAAGGUCUUAAGUUCAGUCCUUGGCAUUUCCAGAUAAAAGAGUAGGAUUGAGAAGAAUCUCUGCCUGACAACCUGGAAAACUACUUCCUGUCUCGGGAGAAACAGUUACUGAGGUAGAUAGAACAGAGCUCUGACUUGGUAUAAGGCAACUCCUUGUAGUAUUCAAGGAAGACAAGUUUUGAUUAAUAGGGAUGCCAUAUUUCUUUGAGUAUAGGAAGAAAGCAGGGUAGGAACAUUUAAAACUAUGCUGAAGUAGCUGGAGUCUCAUAAAGCAUUAGCUUGUCAGACCUUGCCUGAACACGUCGAGUCAUUGGCUUGUUACUUAGUUAACCUUUGUAAUACUACAACAGCUUCUAAUAAUUUAAUUUGCACAUCACAUUUACUUUUUCUGUUACUCUCUACAUUCUACACAAAGAUUCAAUAAUUCCCAUCCUACACAAGAUGAACUGAGGCCAAGAGUGACCAAAAAUGCAGCAGGUCCAUAACUAGAGAGAGAACUUUGGACAAAGCACCCACAAUUUUAAACCCAGCUCUCUAGCCACUGAGUUGCCUGAGAGCAUUAAGCUGCAGUUAUUACAGCACUAUGUAAUAACUGGAAAGAUUUAAUGUAAGUGACAGCUAGCUGGACCCAAAGAACUCUGAGUGGAAGAACAAGAGAAGAACAAGAGCUUACACAGUGUUAUGGAGGGUAGGUUCUACUGCUUAUCGUUAGCUUCUGCUUGUGCAAGAGGUUGCUCAAGUAGACCAUCUUCUGGUUUAAUUUCAUUUCUGCCCCCGCAACACUAUAGUGAGACAUAAACAGCCAGAGUCUACUGAGAAGAAGACACCUGGUGGAGCAGUAUCUUUAAGGGCUAGCCUGCUCUCUUGGGAUUUCUAGCAGAACCGCCAAUCUGCUGCUCUUUGUUCAUUUUCAAUCAGCUCAUCUUGGAACAAUUUGAUCUUGUGCCUGGGAAAGUACAUUAGGUCACUAAGAUGAUCUGGCAGCUAGCUCAGAACUUCUUGCUACAGAUGGCCAAAAAUCUUGGAAGUUAAAAUUAUCUAAGGCCCAUUUCAUAAUAUUUAUGUUUCUGUGGGCUAUUGGAUUCCCUCGGGGGGCAAGGAAGUGACCAUUUAAUGAGUUUCCUCAAAAAUAUGCCUUUGUUGUACUUCACUUAUCUCCUGCUACUUGAUGUUGCAGUACUAGUGUAAAGGUAGCAAACCACAUAAAAAGUAAAACAUUCAUAUUUUCCCAGUACAUUCAUUAUCUGGGGGGCAAGGACUUUGUUAAUCUUGUGCCUUGUGCAUCAUGAAAAGCAUUAUCAGGGAAAACAUGGCCAAAGAUUAAUGCAUGAAAAAAUGUCAUGCAAUAAUUUGUACUUUAAAAAAGUAUAAAUUUGUUUUUGUUGUAGUUCUUGGCUCUCUUUCCCCUCAGCUGUACAAACUGGAGCAUGAAACGGGGAAGUGUUGCAAAGAUUAUUUCUUAGAAUAGAAACAGAUUCUUGCUGCAUAAGCCUGUUUUGCAACCUGUAAAGCAGUCUAUAAAGGGUGCCAUUUAAAAACUUCAUAUAAAUGUUGUAUUUGCUGAUUAUUUUUUUUUACUAGAAAAAUACUCAAAACUUAUUUCUAUAUUUCAUUAUUUUUGUUGUUUUUUUAACAAUAUUGUAAUGUUUGAGGAUCAGAGACAUUUGUCAAAGGUACAACUAACUCUUUUAAGAGUUUGAUUACUAUCACUGCCUACUAGCUCAUGAGAUAGUCACCCUAGAGGAUAUACUUCUGUGAUGUGGCUACAGGAAAUGAGAGAAGGUGACUGUGGGUAUCUCCAAAACAUACCUAGCAGUUCAGAGACAUGUCCUUUGUCUGAAGGAAGAGUACUGGGCAGUUGGCAAGUAGGGUGGUUUGUUGGGAAGAUUAGUAGUAAAUUGCCCUUUCCCUUGGUGUCCUCCACAUUCUCAAUAAGGAACUUCAAACGGUAUGGAUGGUUUUUUGACAGUUCCUCUCUUUACUUUCUUAAUAGUGGACUCUCUGCAUUUGCCCCUUCCUUGGGCUGGGAGACUAAAUCUCAUCUGCACAAUUCAUAAUGUAUAUUUUUCAUUGUGGACAUUUUGUGCUAUAGGGAAAAAAAAUUCCCAGCAAUGUGUGUUUGGCAUAUACGUGUAGGAAUUGAGUCUUUGAUGUCUCUACCAAUUUUCCCACUCAAUUUCAUUGAUUGUGCUGUUCAGAAACAGUCACAGCCAUCAGGUGUGCUUUGCACGGUCAAACACAGUAUGCGGUGCUUACACUUCACAGAAUAGAAAUUCCCAGCCUGUUGUGGCAAUGUGGUCUCGUUAAUCAGUGUCCUUACUAUUCAAGGUUUCUAUAACAGGUGGACAUUCAACAGGUGGUUCUGCAUUGGCAAAAACAUCAGAAAAUGAAAAUAAAAAGUCUGCAUUUGUGUGUGUGUGUGUGUGUGUGUGUGUGUGUGCAUGAGAGAGAGAGAGAGAGAGAAGGAAUUGGGAGUGUUGCAUAGCCCAAGACCUUUCCCUCAUCCUGCUACAGUUUUCUUCACUUUUGGUUGCAUUCUGUAAAACUCCAAAUUUCCUCAGGACUGCAAAUACUUAACCUACCUCCAGUGGAGACACAAGAGCUGAAUUCUGUGCAAGCUAUCAGCAUGUCAAAGCCUGCAAGCUGGGCAGCGAUUUCCUGUCCCACUCCACCCCCAAUUGCUUUCAACCGGCCUUUGCAGCUGUGCGGUUGACAUCAGCUUGAUCUGCAGUUAUCCGCUAUAAAGCUUUCCAUUGUAUGUGCAUUAAUGUUGCCCACCUGCUAAGUGAAUCAGAUCAAGACACUUAAAGCUACUAGGCAGGGAGACAGAGCAGAGGAUGGUUAGUUGGGAGGAGAACAUGCUGUGGAACCACCAGUAAAAGCUGUUUGACUGCUUUUAUUUUCCUUUCUAGUAGGACUCCUUUUCUAUAGCACAGCAGUAUUAGAAAGCACAGCAAAUGGCUGAAGCCAUGGUUUAUUAUUUCAGAUGUCAUAUCAACCGCAAUUGGCACAAGUUCAAACCAGGACUGAAACCAUGCUUCUACAUUCUGGUUUGCUAGUCAGCCACCAAUGGUGUUUGUCAGGUAGAUGCCAAGAAAGAAGAAUGGUUAAGGUUUGCAUGGGUUCAUGUGACAUCUCAUGACAUCUGAUUGAGCCAAUAUGCAUUAGGCUCAUUGAUGCCUAAUAUUGCAUUUUGUUUAUUUCCCCCCUCCUAGAUACUUGCUUUGCAAGCUGAACUUAACUUCCACAGAAAUUUGUAUAAUCUUCAAGUUAAGUACACCGAAGCUGUCUUUGAUGGGAUAAAGCAAGCAUACCACACAUUUCAAGAUAAUGUUGCCAUGGUUCUAUGUUCACCAUUACAAGGUAAAUACAUGUCUGUAAUAGCAGCUUAAACAAAAACAAUUUCAAAAUACUGACAGGCAUGAAAUACAAAUGUUUAGUGUUUCAAACACCUGAAAACAACUCAAAUGCAAGAUUUCUCUCUCUCUUGCCGCUUCAUACUUUUAAUACAAGUCUCCAGGGAGCAAUUGAUAAUUUUCCACUUUCUCUUGUAGAUGUUUUUUCUUCUUAUACAAAACUUAAAGCAGAAGCUUCAGAGGCAGCUUUGAGAGACUUCCUCACUGCUUUUAGGAACAAUGCAGAACAAAUCCAAUAUGCAGUUGAAACUUUGGCUCCACCAGUGAAUCAGCAGCACGAAGGUAAGAACCUUACUUGUACAAUUUGGAUUGGUAAAGGAUGCACUUGAUAGGCUUGUCUUGGUGUCUUGUCUCUUUUUUUAAAAAAAGGCAUGGGAAGAGAGCCACUCUUAGAUAUCUUGCAUCACUGAUUUAUCCUUAAUUUUCAGCAUUAGGUCAAAUAGAAAAUAGCUGAUCUAGUACAUUCAACCUAGUUCAAGACUUGAGCAGUAAUGAGGAGAUUUUGUAAAAAAAAUAAAAUAAAAAUGAAGUUCCUCCUUUGGUUGGUUCCUGAUUUUUAUCUUUUACUCCAAUGAAUGUAUCUUAUAUGGUGUGUUUGAAUGUGAAUGUAUAGUUUAUUAUGUUGUGAAUCAGUAUCUUCCAAGUUAAAGUAUCAGCACAGUUUGGAAAUUGUAAGGCUCACCUUGACUCAGGUGUUAUUGGACUAUAACUCCCAUAAUCCCAUACCAUGUUUGCUGAUGAGUUGGAAGUGUCCAACAACAUCUGGAGGGCCACAGAUUCCCCAUCUUUGUUGCAAGGGAUAUCCAGUAUCCCGCCAAUGGAAGCUCAAAUUUCGCACAUGCCAGAAGCACAUUUGGGGCUUUAUUUGAUAAUGAAAGGCAUCUAUAACCUGUUGAUUUUCUAAUAGCUGAGAGGGCUCUCUAGUAAUGUUCUAGCUUGCCAUUUUUUUCUAGGUUCAUGAUAAAUAGCACAUUGAGAAGAUACAGUUGAUCACUGAAAUGCAUUAAAUACUAUGUUAUCACAAACAGUUUCAAAUCAACUGCUUAUUUAUGCCUUACUAUUGUUUAGGUUGAAUGAAUGGUGCAGUAUAGCUCCCUACCUUCUUUUAAUUUACCCUUAAGGUGAUGAGGCCUUGUCAGAGUUUGGAAAAGAGUUCUUCCUGUCUUUGGAACGUUCCCUCAAAGUCUGUGGAGAGCAACGGGAUAAGGCAGCCAGUGAAAUGGAAACCUUGCAAACGGAACUGGACCAGGCCUUCGAAACUCUUCGGAAUUUAAGGGACCAAAAAGCGAAGAAAGCGGGAGCCAGCCAGCGUUUUCCAAAGCAGGAAGAUGACAGAGCAGAUGGACUAGAAGAAAGGGGCUUGAAUGUACUUCCAAAACACAAGCCUAAGCCUGAACCAACAUCCACAUUUCCUGUAGACAGGCAUAGCCUCUCGCUAAAACAUGCUUCUGUUACAGAGAGGGAAUCUGUCAACCCAUCUUCCAAGCAGAAAAUGGAAAGCUCUGAUGGUUUGAAUGUUCAGCAGAAGGGGAAGCUCCUACACCGGAGCAAGAGUAUGAAAAACACGGAAAGGCCACCAUGGCAAAGUUAGACAUAGCUCUUUGGGCCUGACAGCCUUAGCUUUGUCAACGACUCUUAACUGAAUUCUGUGGGAGUGAAGUUGUGACUAUGUGGUGUAUCCGUGGGAUGUAAGCUUAUUUUCCUCCGGGAGUUGAUUUUAUACUCUUUAGUGGCUCCUGAGAGCCAUUUUAUACAUGUCAAAUUUCAUUCCCUAGAACUGUUUCCUGUUUAGAAAACGGAAAACAUUCGGCCUGUUGAAGCAACUUCCACAUAAUGUUAAAAGACAUGGGAACAUGCUGAAAAAUCACAUAUCUUUGAAGAGACUGAAUGUCAAAGCUGGAAUGUGUGCAUAGAGAGAAGACGAAUGCCAUUGGGUGCAUCACAACUCUAAAAUUAAUUCUGCACCUCUUCUGGCACUUUUUGCAGUGCUUUAUAACCUAAGAAGUGUACUUAUCCCUGACUGUCAUUGGGUCAGGGCUUUAUAUGUAUGCAAGACAAUGUAAGCUAGAUAAUGGCCUUGAAGGUAAUCGAAUGCACAUCAAUACCCCUCUUUUUCCCUCACUUCCCUUCUUGUGGUGCAGGCACAUGUAACAGAUGGAGAAUAGCACUGUGGGACUUCCAUGAGCUAAAUAAUCAGGACAUUUGGUUUUCAGAUAUCAGUGCAGAGGGUGUCUUAGGGAAAGACAUUUACUGGUUUUUUAUUUUUGAUGGUUCCCUAUUAGUUCUGAAGCAAUAACCCAGGUAGUUGCUAAGCAGAUGUACCCCAAGCAUCCACUGGAAUUUAAUGGAAGAGACUUUGAACCUAUCUCACCUCGAUUUUACAUUGUCCUUUUCCUACACAGAUGCUUUGGCUUGAAAGCAAUCCUUGAAGCAGGCUUGUGAUUUGUGGCAUUCCACAAAGCCAAGUCUGGUUCUCCGUAAAUGGUCUCCGCUAUCUGAGAAACUUGAUUGUUCUCCUUGGCUUGCUACCCUUGCUAAAAGCAAUCCUCUGGGCCUCAUGCUUACGAGGCUAAUAAAGCUGCUCAAAACGAUAGCAUGAGGAUCAAGGACAGCAUUCAAAAUGUUUAUGACUUGUGAAUGGUUUUGACGACCCCCUUUUUUUGUUUGAGAAUGAUGCAAAAUAUUAUGCUCUGUAGUAUUUUUUAAAUUGUAUUUAAAUUAUAUUUUAUUCCCCCCCCCCCGAAAUCAACUAUCAGUUGAAAUGCCGAAGAUGAAAAGUUUCUUUGUUCUCGUUAAUAAAUGACAGAAAUAGAAUGCAACCUUUGUUUUGUUGUUCAACCAGGUUCAGUGGUGGAAUGAUUUUUUCCUGUCUCCUUCAUUUUCUAAGAGUAUCUCUUAUAGAUGCUUCCAAAUGUAUAAGGACUAAAAUAAGCAUGUGUCAAUUUGCUUGUGACUCUUUCCACGGUCCUUCUAAGGUAAGUGGCCUUGAUAGCUACAGAAGUCUCUUAAAGAGAGUCAAUAUGAAUUUCCAAGUAUUAUUAAGUUAGUGCUCAUCAAAUCCUUAGGUUUUUAAAUUAUCAUAGUUAUUCUCAUAUUUAAUAAUGAAAAUGUUCAAAGUGAUUCACAUAAAUAAGAACGCUUACCUUAAAAUCCCAGAAAAUAGGCAAGAGUUAAUACUUAUUUUAAUAUUUAAGAAUAUUAAAUCAGAGCAUGGUUCUCUAAAAGCAACAAUAAAAACUACUAUGAAAGUCUGAGAAUAAAAACAAUUUAACCUUCUGUCAAAGUGAUUGAGAAGGUGUUAUUCUGCAAAGGUGGUACCACCAUUGGAAAUACCCUCUUUCCAGCUGCUACCCACCUAACAUCUGCCAGUGUAGGCAGACAGAGGAUGGCACCUGAUACAGAUCUUUAAAUUUUGCACAGGUUCAUAUGGAAGAAGGCCGUCUUUCUGGUAACCAAGCUGUUUAGGGCUUUAAAGUCCCAAAGCAUUAAAAGAAAUAAUCUUUGUAUAUCACAUACUCAUUUGGGUCAGGGGGUUAAUAAAUGAUUGAUAAUGAUAAGACUUCUGUUGACCAAAAAGACCAUUUGGAUUACUUUGGAAGACUUCAUGUCGCCCUAUUUGAUCCAGAACUGUGAUCACAUUCCCCAAGCCCAUUUACUGAAAUAGAAUAGCUGUACUACAUGCAGUGACAGGAGAGUAAUGUUCUGAUGGACAUGCCAGGAUAAAAUCCAUAUCAUGCAAGGAAAAUGAAUAGUUUACCAUCUCAGUGUAACCAUUUUAUAAAUGAAGAAAGAGCAGAUCUUGAACUAAUCUUUCUUUCUUUCUUUCUUUCUUUCUUUCUUUCUUUCUUUCUUUCUUUCUCUCUCUCUCUCUCGGGGGCAGGGAGGAGAGAGAGAAAGAAAGAAAGAAAGAAAGAAAGAAAGAAAGAAAGAAAGAAAGAAAGAAAGCAAAGACAAAGCGCAAGUAGAGGGAGAAAAAUUUUCCUUCCUCUUUUGGAAGCGCGAUCUUUCCCUUCAUCCUUUUGUCGUGCUUGUCUCCAAAGGCACCAGAUGUAGCAGAUUGAUCAGCAGGAUGGAUACCAGCAGCACAAGUGACAGCAUGAUUGGUUGCCUAUUCCUUUUUAAGGUGAUCUUGGCCUUGCUCACAAGCAGUUAUGGGGCUGAAAUUCAUUAGUAUGUUUGAAGGAGACUCUUCUGUCAGCUUGCUGGGAGGGGAGAAUGGAGUCCCACUGCCAGCAGCUCUUGCUUCAUUUCAAAAAAUAUAUAUUUGAUCUCCUAAAUUCUGCUGGUUUUCCGUGCAUAAUUUAUGAGACUCGUUUAUUCUGCGCUUUCACAUGUAAAUAGCCAUCCACCCACUGUGUCCUCUGAAUUGCAUUUUAAUUACGUUAGGCUUGUGGUUCCCCCCUGAUUUUUAAACUAGCAUGUGAUACAUGUUCACAUGGAAAUUAAUGAUUUUAACUACUCAUGACUAAAACUAUAGUUGCUGUAAUAUUAUUGGGUAUUUUAAGCAAGGAGGAGGAAAAGUAGUUUCAAAAAGAAAGAAAAGAGAUGCUAGUUUGCCGAUUGCAAAGUCAUUUUAUGUAAUAUUACAAAUCAUUGAGAUUUAAUUAAUCUGUAUAUUGGAAACAUGUGUUUGGACUCCCAACAUUUAGUUUAUAAUAACCUUAACAUAAUUAAUUUUCAAAGCGUGCAAACGACUUUCUUUGAAAAUGAUCUGCAGCAUCCAUAUUAAUAAUAAAACAAACCAUGCUUUGCUAUUGAAUUAGGCAUUUCCUUUGAAGUGAGUCCAGAGAAACAAUAUGCCGUCCUCAGUCAUGUUAAUUCUCUGAUGCAAGGCUUAUGGAAAUAUAGUGCAAUUAGCUACAUGCUAACAACCACCUUGCUGCACUUCCCAAAAUACCAUUUCAUGAAAGGCUCACCCAGAAGUCUGGAGCAGUACAUUUCACUAGUGUGGCGGUCCUGUUUUGCAAAUUAGUUGGCAUUGUAACUAUGGACCCUUUGCUUUUUCCUAGUCUUAUCCCAUUAUCUAUAGGGCUUCAGAGCGGACUAGUAUAAACAGAAUUCAAUAUUUUGAAGCAUUUAGAGGGGCCAUGAUGGUUUUCUUUGUGACAAAGCACUUGCGUCUUGGUAGAAGUAAUAUAAUAUACCAUAUUUUUUGCUCUAUAGGACUCACUUUUUCCCUCCUAAAAAGUAAGGGGAAAUGUGUGUGCGUCUUAUGGAGUGAAUGCAGGCUGCGCAGCUAUCCCAGAAGCCAGAACAGCAAGAGGGAUCGCUGCUUUCGCUGCGCAGCAAUCCCUCUUGCUGUUCUGGCUUCUAGGAUUCAGAAUAUUUUUUUUCUUGUUUUCCUCCUCCAAAAGCUAGGUGCGUCUUGUGAUCUGGUGCGUCUUAUAGAGCGAAAAAUAUGGUAUAUAUGGCACUGCCCCCAGUUCAGAUAAUGAUGACUCUGUACAUCCUUACCAUCCCAGGGAUACUGAGAUUCAGCGGCUGAGCAUCUCUUGGCCCUCACUUUAGAAUAUCUAGCUGCCUUCUCUUGGCCAAGGCCUUUGCUCUGGGAGCAGAGCACAGCUGUGCGUUCUGAGGGCAAGGUCUUUAACCUCAUGUGAAUGGCCUGCGACAUCACGUUGUACUUUAGGCAGCUCUGCCAAACAUCAAGAUGGAGAAGAGUUAAGCAACAGCCUUUUCUGAAAGAGAUAACAGAACCAGUUUAAGCCAGCUAUGCCUCUCUGAAGGAAUAACCCAAACAUCACGAACCUCCUUCUUGCUCCUUUCACACAAAGAAGCUUCCAGAACCCUCUUGAAUUAAGUAGAAUAGGAGAGAUCUCUGCACAUCAGGUCAAUACUUUCUGUACUAAGAAAUGCAAACUGACACACUCCCCCCCCCAUUUAUUAGGUGCAGGAAGUAUUGAUAUGCAAAAUACCUAUAGAAAAACUUUGCAUGUGCACCUUCCUUCUACAAAAAUAAAUCCUAGCCUUGUGUUGCUAGACCUGCAAUUCACCAGCAGAAAAUAGAGUUACCAUCUGCUUCUAUGACUAGCAGAAAGACAUCCUGACUCCUAUAAAAAAACAACUCAACCUUCUUAAACUAAAUGUAGCCCUUCACAUUAUAAAACAAAACGCUACCUAUGGAACCUGACACAGUCAGGAAAAAAAACACAGGCUUUUAUGAUUGUAGUUUAUAACUUGUGGCCUUGUUCAGAGAAAACUUGGUGGGUUACAGUAGGGUAAGCAAGAAAGGAAUGUGUGGCUGUUAUGCAGAAGUACUAGAGUAAAAAUUCUUAAGUGACCACUAGAAUCCGGGGCAUAAUCAUGUUAUUCUUUGUCUAUAGCACCACAGAGCUCAUCAUAGAGCUCUUGUACUAUUUUUCUCUCAUUUCCCUCAUGACAAUUACCCAUUUGCUGGUUUAAAGGGAAAGACAAAGUCAGUUGGCUUCAUUGUCCCAGAGAUUAGUCAAUACUGCUGGCCGCUAGGCUCCAUUGCCUCUCUCAUAUUUUCCCAAUAUUGAGUAGCUGCUACAACUCCACAUUUAUGCUGAGCCCUGCAGUGGCAUGCCAUGAACUCAGGUGGGUUUGGGUGUCUCCUGGUAGAGAAUCAGGAGUUGGCUGGAAGCAGAUUGCUAUUAGAGAGAACCCAUAGGCUGAAAUUGGAAAUAGAAUCAUUGGUCAAGACUCAUGUGUGUGCAUCUCCAUUCCAUUAAUAAAAAUGACUGUAAUUUUGUGAUCAGAAUUAUCCUUAUUUUACCACUGAUUUAUCUGAGCCAAGAUUAGUUAGGUCUGCAUAAUACAAAUUCAAUACAGAGCUGUAUGUGCUUGAUUACAUGCUAAUGAUGUGUAAAGAAGUUCCUCUCUCAAUUAUAUUUUCUAAUUAUUUCCUUCUAUCAGUUUAUCUACUACCAGAACUUCUAUCAAAGUCUCUCUUCCCCUCGUUCUAACACAUUCUCCUUCCACUUUGAAUAUAACAUUCCUCUCAGUUGUAUAACUAUAGAAAUUUCUAAUUUACUGUUGAUUUAACAACUCUACAAUGCCUUUAUGCUACUCCCUUCAACAUUUCAAAUAUGUAAUCUCAAUGGUCUUUACACCAGUACUGAGCCUAAUAUAAUUUUCUGCCAUUAUCUGAGUAUAUUCUGAAAAUUUUUACUGGAGACUUCCCAGUUUAUAUCAGCUUCUACAUUCUCUCAGAUCUAAUGACAUUAUAUUGCCCUCUUCCUCUACAGUGGUUCACUAUUGUUUUCCACAUCUACUUUAAGCUCACAUCCCUUACAUUUCAAGGUUUGCUAUAUCUUAAUGCCUUCAUUGUCUAUACCUAUGGAUGUGAAUGUUUCUCAAGGAGGUAUGCCUUAUUGGCCCUUGUUAAAACCACCUGAAUGCAUGAAGGCUAUAUUCAGAUUAAAUUCUUUCAUUACAUAUCCAUUCCCUGAACCACCAUCUUUAAAACGUUGCUAAUAAAUCCUCCUGACAUAAAAACCAGUUGCAUUUGAAGCUGAUUUGGGGUUAAAGGUUGUCACGUUACAGUAGUUCAAGGCGGUUGGUAAUGCAGCCCUCGACUACUAUAUUUUCUGCAAGCUUAGUAGGACACCCUUUUCUCAAGCACUUUUCGAACUUAGCUGAAAGGUCCCUAUGAACAUCUUCCAUUAGCCAUGAUUUACAGGUGCCCUUGUACCCCACAGCAGCAAGUUCAGUAAGUUUAUUCCAGAAUUUGAUAGCUUGGAUAAAGAUAACAAAAGAAAACAGCUGCUGUCAGCUUGUAAGAAAUAUAUUCCUUCUCAGCUAAGACCCAGUUUCAGCUAGAAAAAACCAUUAUUAUUUUUUGGCAAUGUUUUAUUCCCAUAAAAUAAAAAAGGUAAUGACAGGCACAUAGUGAACCAAGUCGUGAAUGUGUUGUGGUGAUAUGUGGUGUGUAUUAGAUCAAAAUAUGAAACCUUAGUGUUACAGAAUUAUAAAGCUGAAAAGGUCCACCAAGUCAUGGAAACCAAUCCCAUGUCCUCCACACCAGUUCUCUGCAGUUUAGACCACAUCAUUCACUUCACUGGGAGAAAGAAAGAACAAUGAAAGUGCACCAUGUCAGUGUACCUGGAUGCACAGUUACCACCAUGAGAAAAUGAGGCAAACCACUCAUUAUAGAGCAAAGUCGAUAUAAAACCAAAAUGGCUGAUGGGGGAGGAUGUUAGGUAUAAUACAUGGGAUUUCUUGUCCAUAAUGUAUACAGUUUGGCUAGAAGUGCAGUACAGCAAUGGGAUAGUAUCAGCAUCAACUGUGAGAGUUACUGUAGGCCAGGAUUCUUUGGUAGUAAGAAAUCAUUUUGCUUAUUUGAUUGGUUGGAAAGCCAUCUCAAGUAGAACAUGCAUGACAUUCUAGACAAGGAAUGCAUUUUUUUCUUUUCAGAAAGCCACUGUCUGAAUCAACAAGAAGUGAACACGAGAUGCAGAUGGGUCCCUAAAGUCAUUAAUUGAGCAAUAGUAGGUUGUGCAUCACUUUAUUAAAAUAUAGCGGCUCUUAAAAAAUUGUUCAUUAAUUUACUCAUCGUAUUUAGGAGCAGUGACAUGUCUGUCAGCUGAGAUUUCUUUAAGUUGACAGUUCUCAGGUGCUCCCCAUAGAUCGGCCUUCGUGGUUGGAUUUUUAAAUGGACUUAAUUAAUUCCACCCUAUUAUGAGAAAAACAGAGAAAGGAUCUCUUGUGGGAUAAUUCUUGACCUCGGGCAACAGUGGAAGAAUGCAACUUUUUGUACAAUCAUAUCAAAUAAAUAUAGUGUGAAAUUUC